GCUGCUCCAGGCAGACAGACAGAAGGGCUGGCUGGCAUUCCUGGAUCUUAUGGGGACAGCUCUCCCCUGGGGCCAGAGAGAGACCCCUGGCUCCUAGCUGCUGACCCCCCGCCCAGUCCCGGAGCGCCCCCAUCAUGCCGUGGCUGGAUUUCUUCUGGGCUUGCUUCAAGAGGCCGAAGGUAAGGGAGCUCCCCCUUCAAAACCUCUCUGAGGCUUUCGCCACGGGUGUCAGCUGCCGGGACACUUUCGAUUGCCAAGGUCUCCUCUUUGGUUCAAUUUCUUCCGCAGCAGAUUGCCCUGCUGUGCCUGGCUCCUGUUGUUGCAUGUUAGGCAGGGAACCAGCCUGUGGCAGCUAAGUUACCUUUUAAAAAAGGCAUUUGACACAGCAGCAGCAGCAGCAACAACACCCAACAAGUUUUAAGAUUCUCAAAUGCUGCAAAUUGAAACAUCUCAAACUAUGGUUGCCAGAAUUAAGCGACGUAUAUAUGAUGCCUUUGGAUGGCCGUUGGCUAAGGCAGUGAUGGCAAACCUUUUAUAGAUGGAGUGCCCAAACUGCAACCCAAAACCCACUUAUUUAUCGCCAAGUGCCAACAUGGCAAUUUAACCUGAAUACUGAGGUUUUAGUUUAGAAAAAACAACUCAUAUAUUAACAUAUUUUGUCUUUAAAAAAACCACAAUGACAGAGCUUUCAAUGAUACAAACAACUUGUAAAAGUUUGCAUUAAGAUGAUCCAAAUUAAGUAAGGAAAGCAAUCCCAAGUGCUUUCAUUGACUUAAAAUUAUUUGGCAGAGAAUUCCACACUUUAAUGAUUCCCCGCUUUUAAGCUCCAGCCCGAGCAAGCAAGUGUUCUCAGCAUGGCCCUCUGAGCGCGUUCAGAGCGGCGCUCCCCUAUCACACUGCUGUUUCCUGAAAGGGCCCUGGGGGCUGCCCCAUUUGCUUGCCCCACUCCCUCACCCAGCCCUGACUGGUCCCUAUGCAGGUGUCCGGCACGGCCGGAGGCUGUGUAAAGCCUCAACCUCGCAGCAGCAGCAGCAGCAGCAGCAGCAGCAGCAGCAGCAGCAGGAGGAAGGUGGCUGGUGGCGGCAGCAUGCCUCUGAGUGCGUGCAGAGUGCUGCACCCUCCCCCACCCACAGCGGAGGGUCCUCAAGGGAAAACUGUAGCUCGGAUGCAUUGAGCAAUGUCUGCUGUCUGAGGGCUGAGCCUGCUGGCAACAGCAGCAUAUGAGACUGAAUGCCUAGUAUCCAGCAGAGAAACCUUCGAUCAUCAAUGCACAGGUUGCAAAUGAUUUGUGUUUGGGGGAAGGAAGAAGCCUGCACCCCAAAUCUCUCCAACAGAUAAAACUGGGACAAAAUAAAGACAAUAGAUUUUAUUUUUUGGAGGAGGCGGAGAAAAUAGGUGUAGCUCGACUGCAUGAGACUGUGGGUUACAGUUGCAGGGGGCAGGAGAGGCUAUCUGCAGUGGGUGCCCCCAGGGUUUUGGCUUGAACAGAGUCCCACAUGCUGUGCUCAUACACUGCGCUUUAGUUUUGCAUGGACUGAGUUCCUAUGAACGUGUGCUGAUAAGACACACACCCACCCUGCUUCCUUGCAAAGGGGGGAUUCAGAGGUCAGCCAGAGCUGCAGCAUGCAUCUCAUUAGGGAUCAAGGGGCUGUUCGGGGGGCUUUGCCACAAAGAGCCUCCCAAGCCAACAGUUAUUUGCUUGCACAAGGCCAUUCCAGCGGCUUCUUUAAAAAGAAAACCCAGAAAACCCACAAAUUGUACAGUUGUUACUCAGUUGCUGCGGCGGAUCCCCACAACGAGACUGAGCUGCUAGUUCCAAGGUAGACAAGUUCUCCUAUUUCCUGGGAUAGCUCUGUUGGUAGCUCAGCAUGAGACUCUUAAUCUCAGGUUCAUGGGUUUGAGCCCCAUUGGCCAAAAUAUUCCUUUUUUUAAAAAAUAAUUUUUAUUGAUUUUCCAAUAAAAAAACAUCCAAUUAGUAUAUCCAAUCAUAAUACUCCAAUUAAAAUUAAAAACCCAAAUUAUAGUCCAAAUUAUAAUUAUUAAUUUUUCGGAGCUCCUCAUGGUCUAGAUCUCUGAAGCAUAUCUCCAUAUCUCAGUGCUGCCUCUCCUCGUUGUUUCUAUAUUUUCCACAUCUCGAUUUUGACACUUUAUAAUUCUACAUUGGCCAAAAUAUUCCUACAAUACAGGGGGUUGGACUAGAUGACCCUCGUGGCUCUUCUCCAAUUCUACAAAUUCUAUUAUCCUGUGCAGUGCUGCUACCGAGCUAUUUUUCACCUUUGGCAAGGCUAUUUUGUGCGGUAGGCAAGGCUAUCUGCUUGCGCCCCCCUAAAAAAAGAUUUCUUACUUCAAUUUUCAAAAACAGGUGUCUUGUAGAAAUGAUAAAUUUGUUCAAAAUAUAAAUAAAAGCAAAUCAGAAAUUCAUAAGAUAUAACAAAAAUAAUCUGUAUAAAACUGUGCCCCUCAAAGUGGUCUGCACCCUAGGCAGCUGCUUAGCUGGCUUAAGGAUAGCAGAGGCCCUGCUUCUGUGCGUGAAAUGCAAGUGCCCUGUCCCCAAUGUAAAGAUUCACCUGCUGGACACGAUCAGCUCAAGCUGCAAUCCCAGGCACACCUGCUUGCUGCAAGUCCCUCUAGUAUUUUUAUCUGAAGAAGUGGUAUCUGAAGAAGUGUGCAUGCACACGAAAGCUUAUACCCAGAACAAACUUAGUUGGUCUCUAAGGUGCUACUGGACAAUUUGUUUAGUAUUUUUAUUGUCAUUACAGUGGUACCUCAGGUUAUGUACUUAAUUCGUUCUGGAGGUCCAUACUUAACCUGAAACUGUUCUUAACCUGAAGCACCACUUUAGCUAAUGGGGCCUCCUGCUGCUGCCGCGCUGCCGGAGCCUGGUUUCUGUUCUUAUCCUGAAGCAAAGUUCUUAACCUGAAGCACUAUUUCUGGCUUAGUGGAGUGUGUAACCUGAAGCCUAUGUAACAUGAAGCGUAUGUAACCCGAAGUACCACUGUACUAAUUACCUGCCCUUUGCCCUAAGGUCCCGUGAUGGGUUGCAACAUUGAAACACAAAAUUUAAAUCUAUAAAUCAGUUUGUGCACAUGUUCAUCCAGGGGCCCAUGCUCCAAUAUAUUUUAAGCACCUGGGCAUGUCCCUGGCCAAUGUAAUCUCUUUGUCAAGAGUUUAAUAUUGUGCCAGGGUCCCUGUCCUCCUCACAUACUAAGGGAGAAGAGAGAGAAACAGAAGAAACAGAAGAGGGAGAGCCCAGGGGCCGUCAUGUUGGAGGAGGCAGCUGUGGAGUGUUGCACAAGAUGUCAGAGGGCAGGAAUGUCUGCAGGAAAUUUAUCCCAUUUGCUGGAGGGAGAAAUCCACCCAAGCCAAAUCGCAGUCCCUAGGAGCAAAGCUCCUUGGGCUGGGGAGAGGCUGCCCCUAACUAAGGCCACGUGCAUUUAAUAUUCCUCGUACACCCUCUGUAGGAGGCCUCCAUAGAGUCUCAAGGGACCUCAGUAAAGAAGUUUAGGAAUGUCCCAUUCUCAUGAAUUUCACUUUCCCACAGGCCGUUGGGGACCCUCUUUCCUGUCUCAAGCUCAGGGGCUUAAGGAAGAGGCACUGGGACACUGGCCUCUAGCUGUUGUGAAUCAGUAGGUUUUUUUUUCUUUUAAGGGGAUAGAAGACUCAAGGGCAGGUCUGGAAAAACUCAGAAAUCAGCCCAGCUUUGAGAGUUUCAACCAGGUGGAACGCACAGCAUGCUGUGGGAGACGGGACUCGCUCCAGUCUCCAGCAGGCUCUUUCAGCUUCUACAGAAGUCUUUGCCACCCUGAUAUACACCUCCAGAUGUUUUGAACUCCCAUCUGCCUUAUCCAGCACUGCCAUUCCAACUGGGGCUCAUGGAACAUCUGCUCCGAAAGGUCUGAAGCCUGUGAUCCUGCGUCUGUUGAGCUGAGAACCCAAGAGAGUCAACUUGGUGAACUACCCAGACCAGGACUUUAAUUGGAGUUGGAGCUGCCUGUGAUGAAAGUGUUCAGUAGCCCAGUUUCAAAACGGUUCCUUCCAAUUGCUUAUUUCCCCUGUUCUUCGAUGGCCCUUUUGCAGCCCUGAGUUUUUAGUAGGGCAAGCGAAGGUCGCUAUGAACCUGCUCCUGAUUAGGGAGACGGCGGAGGCUCUUCCUCAUCAUAUAUAUUUAACUGACCUUUCUACACAAAUAGCCCAAUCAUUGUUUUGGAUCUAUUAUUACCCAAAGGCACUACCAUUAGCCACUGGUGUCACCCCUGCCCCCCUAGCCCCUUGAAUACUGCAUCAUGGUCAAAAAAAUGUCUUUGUAAAACUAGCUCUGGAAAUUUGGUUGGGAUCUUUGUCCAUGGCCAAGGUUUCAAAGAAUAAGGCUGCCAUGUGUUUCAAAGGAUUGCAUGGGAUGUAUAGAGAGAGGUGUGUGGGUUGAAUAACUUACCUUUAUUGUUAUGUGUUAUUUUUUUCAGUGCUUCACAUCACUGGACCGGAGGAGGGACGUGGGUGAGUUGCAGUGAUCUCUGUCUUCAUUCAGUCUUUCAUUUGUUGCUGGGACAUUUGUUGCAUACCACAGGCAGAAUACACUAAAUUCUAUGCAUCCCAGAGAACCCAGAUCAGGGCUGUGCGAGUCCCAGUGCCCUAAUCAAUCAAUAUCAAUCAAUCAAUCAAUCAAUCAAUCAUUGUGUUUGACUAAAAGCAAUGACAAAUUCAAUGACAGAUCCAGCAAGUGAGUUAAAACCCGCACUUGCCAUUCCUCCCCCUUUUCUUCUUCUUCUUCCUAAUUGUUUAAACCAAUUCAUGAACCAAGAACUUACACAUUGACCACUAAUAAUGAAACAUAAGUUGUAGAUAUGUUUCCACAUUUAUUAUGCUAUUUUUGUGAUAUACGACAUGAGAAAACUUAGUAUACUUAUUUGUAUAACAUUAUUCUUGUUUAUAAAACCCAAUAAAAAAACCUAAAGACUAAAACUAAAAGAAAUCCAGAGAUAUACAUCCAUUUCCAAUCGGUCAAAUUAAUGAAUCGCCUGCACCAUGGUAGCCAAGUCUGCCCCUGCCCAGAUUCAGGGUCAAGAAAAGCUGAAUUGCAGCGUCAAAUAGCAAGUUGUAACAUCUGUUUGAUUAUUCUGUACAAUUUACUUAACUUCCAAUAUCCUUGGAGGAUAUUGGAAGUCACGUGGGGGGUGAAUAAAAAAGUUGUGGGAUGAGGAAUCCUGAGGGGAUCCAAAGGGUAAGGAAGCUAAAAUGCUAAAGGCAUUUUGACUUUGACUUUUGACUUUGAUGAAAGCUGUCCAUGCUAUACUCCUAGUGGUUGUCAAGUCUCCACUUACUUCUGAGGUGUUUUUCUUCAAUGUCAUAAGGACUAGAAACCUGUUGAAUUAAAAAUAGAUUGGCAGUCCCAUGACAGUACUGAAUCCUGUGCUUGGUGCCAAUUUCCCUGAUGGCAUGUGGCAUGGCACUGUCAGGGAGGGGAGCCCAAUUUUCCCCCAUCUGCAGGGUGCGUGGUCACUUGUAGCUCUGUAUUUUGGUGAUGUUGUGUGUGUCUUGUUAACGUAGGUAGAGAAAGAAAGGAAUCCAGUUACACCAAAGUAUAUACAGAUUUUUUGGGAAAUGCUUCAUUUCCACCUGACCCUUGGACUCCUGAACAGCUUCUCUUACGUAGGAACUCGACCUUGCAGUAUGGCAUGUAUAUUGAAAUGUCAAGUUCUGAAAUGUUCUGUUUUGCGAGUGAGAGAAGAGUGCAGCAAAUAAAAAUACAUCCACAUACUUAAAACUCCUGAGAAAAGAAGUAUUUUAUUUUGAAACCAGCAUUUCAAAGCAUCCCUUCUCCCUCUCCCGUUACAAAGAGUUUGCCGAUUUCUUCACACCAAGCUCCCUGCAUGCAAGCUUUGCAAGGUUGUUGUAACAGGCAGGCAGGAUGUAACAGGCAUUGCUUCCCCCGCUCAAAGCCUUCCUCCUCUGCACUCAGCCAUUUCGUGGUGAAAGAUACAAAGAUACAGAACAUCGAGAAGCGGGUGGCGAUGUGGGUUAAAUCACAGAGUCUAGGACUUGCCGAUCAGAAGGUCAGCAGUUCGAAUCCCCGCGACAGGGUGAGCUCCCGUUGCUGGGUCCCAGCUCCUGCCAACCUAGCAGUUCGAAAGCACGUCAAAGUGCAAGUAGAUAAAUAGGUACCGCUCAGGCGGGAAGGUAAGCGGCGUUUCCGUGCACUGCUCUGGUUCGCCAGAAGCGGCUUAGUCAUGCUGGCCACAUGACCCGGAAGCUGUACGCCGGCUCCCUCGGCCAAUAAAGUGAGAUGAGCAUCGCAACCCCAGAGUCGGCCACGACUGGACCUAAUGGUCAGGGGUCUCUUUACCUUUAAUCAGACAUGAGUAUAUUCACUUACACGAGGCUCCCAAAAUUUGGGGUGUCAGAGAGAAGGGUUGACUGGAGGCCCUUGUUGCCUUUCCAUAUUUGGGUCUGAGUUCAUUUCAGCCAGCUUGCAAAUAGCCACUGGCCUGGUUGUCUGUGGCAAGUAGGAAUCGCAGCUGAAGUCUCAAUAGCAGUGACACACAACAGGGUUCAUGAAACUGCCUCCGUGCCGUUUCUCAUUUCCCUCUUUGGACAUUUGCAAUGACCCGGUGGGUGCUGGCAGAGGGGGUCUGGUGAGCUGCUUUGCAGAGCAGAUGACGCUGUGAAAACCUGGCUGCUUUCCCCAGAAGAGGGUGCUAUUUCUCCACCCUCCUCGGCCCCUUUCUCACCCGGGGCAGGCCGUGACCUCCUGACCUGCCCAACGCAGUUCCCAUUCAGGUCCAAAGGCUGCUCUCUUCUACAGCCUCCUUCCUUUCACUUCUCUCUGGUGACGCUAACCAAACUUCCCAUCUAUUGUUUCUGGGGUAAACAAGAAGCGAAGGAUCUUGAAGCGAACACAGCUGGCUGGUGCUAUGCCCUGGAAGGAGUUUGCUCUAGCGAACAAUGGCUUUGGCUCCUUCAGGGAGCAAAUUUACUCCCAUAGCUGCCCCGUUAGCUAUUGAAAAGGGGAUGAAAACUGGCACGAUCGUGGGGUGUUCAGCAGUUGUGGCACUUCCUGGGCAAGGCAACUUUGCAAAAUGAGAGGAGCCAGAUUGCUCUCAGAGCUCUGUGAAGUAAUAUUUGUGACCAGCAGGGGUAUGCCCAGCGCUGCUGCUUCUCGGUUAAAACUACUCAUCACAUUAUCAUUGAACUUCACUCCCGAUUUGUAAUUGGAUUUGGUGCUUUAAUGAUGGAUGCGCACCACCUUGAAUUCUUGGGAGAGAAUCGUCGAGUUGGAAGGGACCCCAAUGGUCAUCUAGUCCAACCCUCCCACAAUGCCUUAUAAAGGGGAUGGCAGUGAUGAAUGAAUAAAUAAAUGGGUUUAUAAUUAUAAGUUAUGUAUCAUCAUCCAUGAAUCAGGUCAGGCCUCUUUAGGGAAGGAGUUUCAAGGAAGCGAGUGCUACAGCCGAGAAGGCUAAAGCAUCCAUAAGGUAAAGGGACCCCUGAUCGUCAGGUCCAGUCGCAGAUGACUCUGGGGUUGUGGCGCUCAUCUUGCUUUAUUGGCUGAGGGAGCCAGCGUAUAGCUUCCAGGUCAUGUGUCCUGCAUGACUAAGCCGCUUCUGGCGAACCAGAGCAGUGCAUGGAAACGCCGCUUACCUUCCCACUGGAGUGGUACCUAUUUAUCUACUUGCACUUUGAUGUGCCUUUGAACUGCUAGGUGGGUAGGAGCAGGGACUGAGCAACAGGGGCUCACCCCGUCGCGGGGAUUCAAACCGCCGACCUUCUGAUCAGCAAGUCCUAGGCUCUGUGGUUUAAUCCACAGCGCCACCCGCGUCCCUCAUAAAGCAUCCAUAUCCCAGAGAAUUGUAUUCCUCCCUUUCUGAAGAGAGAGAAUGAAGAGGGGGGCAGGAGCAUAGAUAGCUGCUCUAGCACCCGGAGCAGAGGAGGCAGGGCGAUCCAUGCACGGGGGCGGCACAACGAGCUGCCCACAGAGACCGCCUGGCGGAUGCAAGCCCCACGCUGCCGUUUUGGGCAGCACGGGGCCCCGAGCCACCGUGUCACUCCCCACGGUAAGUGCCGCCCCCUGCGGUGUGCCAUUUUGUCACCCCCUUCAAGGGUGACACUCGGGGCGAACCACACCCCCGCACCCCCCUUCCUACACCCCUGAGCGGGGGGAGGCAAUGUAUCUGCUUGGACCUUUGAAACAGCCUUUGGCUGGGGGUGACAACAAGGUGCUUUCCAAGUGUUUUUUGGACUCCCAACAGGCCCCAGCCGGGAAUGGUCAAUGGCCAGGGAUGAGGGGGAAUUGUUGUUCAAUGAUACCUCCAGGUCACCAGGUUGGUCACACAGAAGCACACACACAUAUCCACACAUCUGAAAAAAUGUUUAGGGGUACUUUCAUUUUGACUCCAAGAAAUCACCAUUUUAUAGUUCAAAUCGGGAAAAAUAGAUACAGUAAAUGGACACAAGUACAAAGAUUCACAAAAUGUUUCGGGGUAUGCGUACCCCUGCAUCCCCCCAGGAAAAAAAGCACUACACACAUCUUUGACAUUUUACCAAUGCAACUCUGUGGACACAGAUGACAUCAGAAUGCUGUUAAUAGUUUUGUUGGGGGGGACAGACCAGUUCCAAAGUCUGGCUUUCAGAUACACACACAAAAUAUAAAUCCAUUAUGUGUGAGAAUUCUGUAUGUGGGAGCAUUCAUUGUGGCCUGUUUAAUUGCUCCAUGAAAGUGAGACCUAGAGGUCUUAUUUAUUUGUUAUUAUUACAAUCACAGACAACAAAGUGCAAUCUGACAAAGGGUUUGGAAGAGAGACUUGGCCCCCUUAAAUGGCAGUCUGAUUGAUAGGUGAGGCUCAGGAGGUGGGGAUUGGACUAGAUGACACUUGGGAUCCCCUCCAACUUACUGUUCCGUGAUUCGAUGAUAAGGAAGUGGUUCUUCCUUGCUGUGUACUGAAAAGCUCAGCAAUUUACUGGAACUGAAAAUAAAAACUAAAACUGAUUUGGUUUGCAAAUACUCUCACACACAAACAGAGUGAUCAGAGGGAAUCUCCCGUCUUGAUUCAUUUCUGCAGUCAAACUUGUGAUCUCUGCCUCUGAGUCAUUCUGGGGUGCUUCACGCCCGGCAUCCUCGCUGAAAAUAAACCUUCCAGCACCAGUCUCGCCUGCCCUCAAGAAAAGCAAAAAAACCACCAACACCCCAUUCUUGGCUAGACAGCUUUUCCCCACUGUGUCUGGACAAGGUUUACAGGAUCUAUCCCAAGCUUGACUAUUUAGAUCUGGACUUUCUGUCCUACUGACUCUGGGCUAUAGCUGGGGGUGCAGUGGGGCUCCAUCCUGCCUAUAUUUGACAACUUGGAGAGUUUUGCAUUUAGGAUCCAAGAGACUCUACAGAGUUUCUUUGAGUUCUGAUGGCGAAGGGGAAAUCAGUGGCUGGUUUUUCCUCAUCUUCCAGGGUAUCGCUUUCAAAUCUUGGCUGCUUCUCUGAUCUCCCCAAAGCUCUUUGCAGUUUCCCUCUUAUCAGUCCUCACCACACUCUGUCUUCUGUGAUAUCAUUGCACCUUUGGGAGCUGAAGUGAACCACAUCAGGACUGUUUGCCUUUUGAUCCUUCUCCACAAGAGCUUACAUUAGAUAACGCUGGAGGUGGUGAAGGGCAGUGGCAGAAGUUCAUUUCAUUGUAUAAAGCAACCAAGGUCCCUUUCUAAUAAAAAUACAACAGAGGCUCUCUGGUUUGUGAAUUGUAUUACAUUUGUCGCUCAUCUUUCUUCCAUCAUGGAACCCAGAAGCAGUGCAUGUGGUUCCUAUCCAUAAGAACAUCAGAAGAGGCUGCUGGGUCAGGCCGAUGGCCCAUCUAGUCCAGCAUCCUGUUCUCACAGUGGCUGAACAGUUGCCUGUGGGAAAUCAGCAAGCAGGACCCAAGCACAAGAGCUCUCUCCCCUCCUGUGGUUUCCAGCACCUGAUAUUCAGAAGCAUUUCUGGCUCCAGUUGUGGAGGCAGAGCAAAGUCAUUAUGGCUAGUAGCCAUCAAGAUAGCCCUCUUUUCCAUGAAUUUGCCUAAUCUUCUUUUAAAGCCACCAAGGUUAGUGGCCAUUACUUGCUCCCCACAAAGAGGGCUGGGAAAGUUCCCCAUCAGAAAUCCUGGAGGACUUGCCAAUCAGUGUGGACAAUCCUGAGACAAGUGGACUAAUGGUUGAACUCAAGAAAAGGAAGAGAUUUCCAGAGGACCCAGCGUGGAAUUAUUUCAGGAAGUUUUAAGUCAACUAGCGCUUUUCAGAGUUACUGUAGUUGUCAGAAUUGGCCUUACUCUGAGGCAUAGGGACAUGGGUGGUGCUGUGGUCUAAACCACUGAGCCUCUUGGGCAUGCCGAUGAGAAGGCAGUUCGAAUCCCCGUGACGGAGUGAGCUCCCAUUGCUCUGUUCCAGCUCCUACCAACCUAGCAGUUCGAAAGCACACCAGUGCAAGUAGAUAAAUAGGUAACACUGCGGCAGGAAGGUAAACAAUGUUUCCAUGCACUGUGACGGAUCACAGUGUUCUGAAGUGGUUUAGUCAUGCUGGCCACAUGACCCGGAAAGCUGUCUGUGGACAAAUACCAGCUCCCUCGGCCUGAAAGCAAGAUGAGUGCUGCAACCCCAUAGUCGCCUUUGACUGGACUUAACCACCCAGGAGUCCUUUACCUUUACCUUACUAUGAGGCAUGUUGAAGUGGUGAAUAUGUGAGUGCGCGUACAUGGGCAUUUGGGCUGCGGCCCACAGGAAACUGUCUGGAAUAAGUCCAACUUAAAGGGUCAAAGGCCUGGAAACGAUACCUUAUGAGGAAUGGCUAAGGGAGCUGGGCAUGUUUAGCCUGGAGAAGAGGAGGUUAAGGGGUGAUAUGAUAGCCAUGUUCAAAUAUAUAAAAGGAUGUCGCAUAGAUGAGGGAGAAAGGUUGUUUUCUGCUGCUCCAGAGAAGCGGACACGGAACAAUGGAUCCAAACUACAAGAAAGAAGAUUCCACCUAAACAUUAGGAAGAACUUCCUGACAGUAAGAGCUGUUCGACAGUGGAAUUUGCUGCCAAGGAGUGUGGUGGAGUCUCCUUCUUUGGAGGUCUUUAAGCAGAGGCUUGACAACCAUAUGUCAGGAGUGCUCUGAUGGUGUUUCCUGCUUGGCAGGGGGUUGGACUCGAUGGCCCUUGUGGUAUCUUCCAACUCUAUGAUUCUAUGAUUCUAUGAAAGUUCAUUCUGCUCCGUGGUGGAUUGUGUCCUGCCUUGAUCAGCGUCUGGCAGAGAUAAAGGAGCACUUGGAUUUCCCACCUAAGAUUCGGAAAGGUCUUUGGCCACCUUGAUACGAACAAAUUCACAAGACAGGUAUACGUCACGGCACUCCGCAUGACCGUAAAAAUAAAAUGCAAGCUUUUAAAAACGUGUGACUUAAACUUCAAACUUUCCAGCGUGCGGUUACAGGAAAACUCUUGCAUCGAAAUAAGAAGUGCAGUCAGACAGUUACACAACAUCUCCUUUCUUCUCCUCUUGGGAGAGUCUGAAUUUUCAUGCCUUCCCCAGCUGUGAAAGUUUCCACUCGCCUCUGAAGCCCUCCCUGCCCCCCCCCCCCAGCAAUGAUUUCCGGCCCCAGAAUAGUCAUCCAGCUCUAGGAAGGCCUCCUGCUUGCUUGAGCGUCCCGGCAGAAGCUUUGAGCACAGCGACCCUUGAUGGUUUGCGGAAGGGCAUGCAUUCAAAAUCUGGACCGCAGGCAGAUGUCAAAAGCGCCUCACAUUCUCUGUCCAUACCAACUCUGCCCACAUUUUGCAACGGGUAUGAAUUGUACGCAUUGAACAUUUGUGCCUGGGUUGAUUUAUAGAGCUUCUGCAAGCAGGGAGGGGAAGGCAAGAAAACUUAGCACUCCUCACUCAGAGGCAGUGAAUACCAUAGAAUUAUAAAGUGUUAGGGUUGGAAGAGACACCAGGGCUCAUCUAGUCUAACCCACUACAACCCAGGGUGAGGGUUCCUGGAAACUACAGGAGGGGAGAGUGUUGCUCUUGUGCUCAGGUCCUGCUUGGAAAUUUCGCUUUGGGAAAUCUGGUUGGCCACUGUGAGAAGAGGAUGCUGGACUAGAUCCUUUGGCCUGAUCCAGCAAGGGCUCUUCUUAGGUUUUUAACGGAAUCUCCUUCUGCACCAUUGGAGGAACUCUGAUUUAAUCUUCCUAGUACAGUGGUACCUCGGGUUAAGUACUUAAUUCGUUCCGGAGGUCCGUUCUUAACCUAAACUGUUCUUAACCUGAAGCACCACUUUAGCUAAUGGGGCCUCCUGCUGCCACCGUGCCGCCGGAGCCCGGUUUCUGUUCUUAUCCUGAAGCAAAGUUCUUAACCUGAAGCACUAUUCCUGGGUUAGCGGAGUGUGUAACCUGAAGCGUAUGUAACCCGAGGUACCACUGUACUGGACGGCUUUGCUCCCCCGCCACAAAAUCAUGAAAACAGAGAACACAACAACACUGUGCUUGCUCUGAACUGUGUCCAGGAGUGUGAAAUACACACAACCAGAUCACAAAGUGCUCAUCUGUGUACCGUGUACAUUCACAAUCCCUGGAGGAGGAGGAGCUGUAAGAAGGUGGCAGCUUGGGGGAGGGGGCUGAGGUCUCCUGGGGUUUCCUUGCUCUGGUGCUGCAAUUGUCACAUGAGUUAACCCUCUCCCCUGAAGGAAGAAAAGCUCCCCCCCCCAAAAAAGGCAGCACGAACCAGCUCCAAUCUUCUUGUUGUUCAGCACUUUGGAAAAUAGCUUCCAGAGUCCUAAGUAAGGCAGGAAAUCCACUGCAGGCUCCAAACAUCCUCCUGAGGAUUAAGAGGAAGUUUUGGUGUGCAAGGCAGGAGAGGGGGGCAGGCAGGACUUAACCCUUUCCCAGCCCAUCCCUUCUCCCCUAUAAAUACUCUCCCUCUACCAUCACCAUUUUUAAACCAUGCUCUGAAACUAAAAGUGGAUCUUGUUGAGGUGGGAAUGGCAUUGGGGAAAAUUGAAGUGUGUGAGGGAUGGGUGGGUGAAGCAUCCCUCUUUCAUGCCAACCCUUCCCCAUUAGUGCCUCCCCCCCCCACAUCGCCAUUAUCCUUGCAGAUGUGUGUUGGUGAACAUGUACCACUCCUCCAAAGAACAUAGUCUGAACAUAGACCAGCAUUCCUGAAGCUUUGCCUCUUCUUCUAUUUGACCCCCACAACAGCCUUGUAAGGUAGGUUGGCUGAGGAAGAGUAACUGGCCCAAAGUAACCCAAAUAGGGAUUUGAAGCUGGGUCCCCUCUGUCCUAGCCUGAUGCUCUAACCACUAUACCUCACCUUCAUCCUGCUGGUCUAGUAACAGCAACUCAGAGCAGCUUCCAACCAAGAACAGAUGAGAAUGCGUGAAACGACAACCUGCAUACUAAGAGCCAACAGAUUAAAGCCAACAAUUGUAAAAGCAGCAAUGGAAAUAGUUUUUUUAAAAAAUAGCAGCACAGCUAAAUAUUAAAAGCCUGUGGAAAGAAAAGUCAAGAGAAGGGGAAACUGGCCAAAGUGGCAGGUCCAGGGCCUCGGUGGUGGUGGCCCCACCAUCAUGAAAGCCCCACCCCUUCUUUUCAUUGCCUGAACCGGUUGUGCCAUUGGCCCUCCUGAGCAGAGGAUGGAUGGAUGAAGUUUACUUACAGUAUAUGCUGCUUUCCCACAAAGCAGCUUACAGCAAAAUUCAAAACUUUGGAACUACAGAGUAUUAGUAAGUUCAAAAAUCAGGCAAACACUAUUACAAAAAUAGGUUUAAGUACAUAAAUACAAUGCAAAACAAGUGUUAAUCACUAAUAAAGUUUCUGGCACUGGUCUGGCUGCAUACUAGGAGCCUGGCUUAAAUGCAGUUCAGAGAUGGGUCUUCUUUCCAUGCUAGAGGACAUUCAGCUGACUCCCUCAGAUGUACUCCACAGGAAGCUGACAGCAGCAAGAGGCAAAUGCCAGGGAAGGCAAAGGAUGGCAAGGCUCUCCGCCAGCCUCCUGGAAGUACCAAAUGCUGGCGCAGGUCUUACUGGGAUGGUUUGGGAGCAAAUGGACCCGGGGCCAUUCAGAGCUUUAAAGGCGGAGAGAACAGCACUUCACUGAGCCUGGGGAGAAGCAGGAAGGUGAAGAAGCUGCAACCAGAUGCCAGCGGUUUGGUGCCACGCGAAAUGUCUCAGCGCUGCCGUUUGACCAACUGAAGUUUCCUGAGCAGUUUUCAAAGGAGGCCUCUGCAUGGACAGCAUCGCAAGGAAGCCAGGACAUCAUGGGGGUUCUGUGACGCAUUUCGUACCUGCAAAGCAGCAUCAGUCUGGAAGCGGCCUAAGCGCCCCUCUCCCUGCCUGGCCUCACCUGUUGGACGGCAGCCCUGCCAUCCUCGGAGCAGCUCGGCAGAUGCUCAGAAAGGGACCAGGGCUGCCCCCUAGUGGCGUUUCCGAGAAGGCUCUUCGAAGCAGGCUUCCCCGACGUGGCGCCUUGCUGGUGUCUUCGACGCCCGGUUGUGGGAGGAAGAGCCUUGAAAGCUGAGUUGCCCCGUCCCUACCGGUGCCUUUCCUCUCCCUUCCGAGCCCGGGGGAGCCCCAGCGGGUUCUGCUUUCCCGGCGAGGGCGUGGUCGUCGAGGAGGAGCCUGCCCGGCCCUGGAUCUCCCUCGCCCAGGCGGCGCAGAGGCGCAAAGACUCAGACGGAGGAUGGAGCGGCCGGGCGCAGCGAGAGGCUCCCGACGGCGCGCUCUGUCCGGAGGCGGAGGCAGGACCUGCGGGCGUUCCUUCUCGCGGCUCCUGCGGGCGCGGAAAGCAGGCGUCGCGGGUGGUGGAGGGUCCCGGGGGAAGCCAGGUAAGCACCCGCCCGCUCGCGGUCCAGGAUUCGGCCCCUUUCAGCCUCUGGUUUUCCCGCUGCUCUGUCUUUGGUCCCGCUUUACGCGGUUGGACUGAUUUACUUGCUCCAUUGCUUUUACAGGUACUUAUUUUAAUCUGAGUUUAUUUGCUUUCUUGCAUUUCCUAAUGAUUUCUUGCAUGUCUCUCCUACCUUCUGUUCUCCAAGCAUAAGAGCCAACUCCUAGGGUCCGAGGUCCCUUCGGUCCCCCCACCCAUUUUUUUAAAACGUCCAGCUCCCUCCCCCCAAGUUGACGGGCAUUGCCAUUCAAAUGGUGAGCCUGCCCGAGUCAUGUGAUUGAUUAUGCGGGAGCGGGGCUCACCUGCCACCCCCAUAUAUUUUAUUCAGGUUGGCACCCCUACCUCCAAGGAUCUCGAGGAGGCCUACGUGGUUCUCCCCCACCUCGUUUAAUCCUCACAACAGCGGUAGGUUAGACUAAGAAACUGACUUGUCCAAGCAAUGGCGGACUUUGGGCUUUCAAAUUUCAGCAGUGCCCUGUGCGAUGCCAACAUUCAGCCACAUCCUGCCUCUUGCCUUCCCUUCUAAGUCAUUGUUUGCACCCUCUUGGCUCUGCAAUCCUAACCAGUCACACUCCCCUAAAUCUGCCUCUGGCCUAAGGUCACCCACUGAGCUUCAUGGAUAAGUGUGGGGAUUUGAACCUUGGUCUCCUCACUCCUGGUCCAAGGCUCUAACCAGUACACUGCACUGACUUUUUAUGGUCAAGGGAACCAGGGUGCCUCUUUAUAGAGAGCUGGCUGGUAGCUGGGACACAGUCCUCCAGGCAGCAGAGGCUGUUGAAUAAUGACUUCAGACGGAAGCCACCUUGGGGAAUGCUUGGCUUCUGAAACAGCUCCCCACAAGGUGAAAGUCAGCAGCUCAGGGAGAGAGGCUGGAAGCCAACUCCCAGUUACUUGCAGGGAGCUGGAAGUUUUUAUCUAUGAACACAGAGAGUAUAAAAAAACCACAACCAUCUGAAUUCCGAAGCAGUACCUUCCAUUCCAUUCUGUUCCAUCUCCCAGGAAGAGGUUCCUGGAUUGCCAAUGCCUGUUGGUGUAGAAAGCUGGAUGGACCAAAGUUCAGAUCCAGUAUAAGGCAGGCUUCUGAAUCUGCAUGCAGAGGAGAGGUUUGAGGUGGAGCAGGUCCCCUAAUGGUGUCAUAGCACUGGGAACUGACAUAGAAUCAUAGGAUUGUAGAGCUUGAAGGGACUGCAAGGGACAUCUCGACCAACCCCCUGCAAUGAGGUUCAAUAAGUUGGGUGUGGGGAGAGUGGCAGUUCUAGAAGGGAGGACCUCAGGGUCACAGGCAGCUUUCCAGUUUAGGACAAACCUAAGUUGGCCGCCUGGGACGCGGGUGGCGCUGUGGGUUAAACCACAGAGCCUAGGACUUGCCGAUCAGAAGGUCGGCGGUUCGAAUCCCCGCAACGGGGUGAGCUCCCAUUGCUCGGUCCCAGCUCCUGCCAACCUAGCAGUUUGAAAGCACAUCAAAGUGCAAAUAGAUAAAUAGGUACCGCUCUGGCGGGAAGGUAAACGGCGUUUCCAUGCACUGCUCUGGCUCGCCAGAAGCAGCUUAGUCAUGCUGGCCACAUGACCCAGAAGCUGUACGCCGGCUCCCUCGGCCAAUAAAGCAAGAUGAGUGCUGCAACCCCAGAGUCGGCCACGACUGGACCUAAUGGUCAGGGGUCCCUUUACCUUUAAGUUGGCCACCACCCCAUAGGUGAAGAAGCUGCACCCCUGGUAUGAAUUACAUUUCCUUCAGCUCCUCUGAAACCUCUGUGUGAAUGGUAAAGUGGGAUUAAUCUUCCUUGGGGCAGGAGCUCUCGCUGCAGAUGUCCCUGGAGGAAAAGCCCCACGAGUAAGAUCACAUGCCAGCUUCUAACCGGGAUUUGUGCCAGUUCUUACGCCUAUGAUGCCUGAGUCAUCUCUUCAAGGGGGAAGCCCUGAUAAACUCCCUGGCAGAACUUCCCCAAAUGAAGGAGUUUGCCAGCCUGCCGUCCCAAACUGCUUAUGGCCAUGGAAAUCACACCCCUCAAUCAAUGCUCAGUAAAGACCGGAUAUAAUCUGUCUCCCACUUUCUGCCACCUUUCUGCGAGCAAACUAGGGUGUGUGCUGAAUAAAUGCAUCAUAUGAAGGAAGCCCUGGUCCCUGAUAGCUCACUUGGUAGAGCAUGAGAUUCAGGGUUGUGGGUUCGAGACCCAUGUUGGGCAAAAGAUUCCUCCAUUGCAGGGGAUUGGACUAGAUGACCCUCGUGGUCCCUUCUGACGCAACAAUUCUAUGAUUCUGUGCCUCUGUCUUAGAACCGCCUACACAGUCUUUUUCCUCAAAGAAAUCUGGGCACUGUAAUUUACAAAUCUCUCGCUAAUUCCCAGCAACCUUUAACAGACAACAAAUUUAAGCUUGUUUAAAUGUUAACCUUCUGCCACACAUAGAAGACCCCAGGAAGAAGACUUGGCUGCCCCCCCUCCCAAUUGCUUGAAUUGUAGCCUUUUUCAGAGACCAUUGUUUCAGUAAAAAGGCCUGCUUCCUGUGCUACAAUGCGGCAUAGUUUUUGUUUGCUUGUUUUUAAAUGCAUCUUACCAAAAGGCACAGGGUUAAAACUGCAGGUGCUGGCAUUUUUCUGCACAGAAGAAAAGCGGAAAGGUCUGGGAGGGCCCUGCUUUUAUUCUAUGUCUCACCCUGCUUUCCUUUCCCAGUGACUCCUGCCUAUAAACUCCUGAAGGUAUGGAUUAGCCCGGAAUAAAGGGAUUCUUCAGCUGUGCUCCUUGAAUUGCAGGGGGUUGGACUAGAUGACCCUUGGGUCCCCUCCAUGAGAAGAUGAGUUGAUGACAGUCAGGGGGGUGGUUCAGACUGAGGCGGUGACUGCAGACAGGAAGCUAUGAUGCAAGCUAGCUAGUGUGGAGGCAAGUUCAUUGUACAGUGGUACCUCGGGUUAAGAACUUAAUUCGUUCUGGAGGUCCAUUCUUAACCUGAAACUGUUCUUAACCUGAGGUACCACUUUAGCUAAUGGGACCUCCUGCUGCCACCAGGCGAUUUCUGUUCUGAUCCUGAAGCAAAGUUCUUAACCCGAGGCACUAUUUCUGGGUUAGCAGAGUCUGUAACCCGAAGCGUCUGUAACCUGAGGUGCCACUGUACAAGAAGCAGUUGAUUCUUGUCUCCUAGUUUUGAACCCCCACUUCCGUCUCUGUGAAAAAGGGCCCCAGUCCUGUAUCGGCUGACCUCCCUCUCCCUGUGUUGUGUCACACACUCGCCUGGGCGGUGAUGUCGGCUGCCGUUCCCCAGCGCUGUGUUACGAGCUAUUAAUACCCCCCCUGCGCGUGGGCCCGGCUCAAUGCUGCCCAUUCAUCAGGCUGGCUGAGGCAAGCUGUUGGCAUGUGGGCCUCCUCCCAGCCCCUCCUGCCAGGAGCACCCCAGCGGUUGGUCUCCUUCGGGGCAGAGAUAGACGCGUGAGUGUUUUGCCCUCGGCCAUGCUGGCCGGCUGCCUCUCCAGUGCCUCAUUCAGUUUUGUACGUUUAGGGCCUGGGAACUAUUUCCUGCUUCCAACCCCAGUUCUUUGGUUCCUUGUUUGGAUGAGGAAAGGAAAGGAAAAGUCUUGAAAGCCUCACUGACGCCCAAUGUUUCCCCUCUGGAAUAUAGGAGAAUGGAGUCAAGGGUCAGCGUCAGCCCUCCCUGACCUGCCACACUCCAGAUGUUUUGUCUGGGGGCUGAUGGGAGUUGUAGUCCAAAGAGAAGCACCAGGCGGGCGAAGCCUGCCUUAGGCCUCGUGGUGCCCGUAAAAUGCCCAUAAGCCAGUGUGGCGUAGCGGUUAAAGUGUCACACCUGGAAGAGAUGAAGGAUCUAAUCCUCACCUAGCCACAAAGCUGUCUGACUUUGGGAGCCAGUUGCUGUCUCUCAGCCUAACCAACUUUGAAGGUUUGUUGUGAGAAUUAAAUGAGGAGAUAGAGAAACAUAUACACCACCUUGGGUUCCUUGGUGAAUAGGGCGGUGUAUAAAUGCAGUAUGCUGGUACCUCAGGUUCCAGACAUUUCACAUUACAGACACUUCAGGUUACAGACUCCGCUAACCCAGAAAUAGUACCUCGGGUUAAGAACUUUGCUUCAGGAUGAGAACAGAAAUCGCGUGGCGGCAGCGCAGCGGCAGUGGGAGGCCCCAUUAGCUAAAGUGGUACCUCAGGUUAAGAACAGUUUCAGGUUAAGAACGGACCUCCAGAACAAAUUAAGUUCUUAACCCAAGGUACCACUGUAGUAGUAGUAGUAGUAGUAGUAGUAGUAGUAGUAGUAAGUCCAGUGGCUACAAGGGGCUUGUCCACAGGUAGCUCAGUCAGUAAAGCAUGAGACUCUUAAUCUCAGAGUUGUGGGUUCAAGACCCAUAGUGGGUGAAAGAUUCCUCCAUUGCAGGGGGUUCGACUUGAUGACGCUCGUGGUCCCUUCUGAUUCUAUGUGUUUAAUGUUAAAACGACUUGUGUCAAUGAUAUUAAUGCAGUGUGCUCUGCGUGGGGCUGCCCUUGGGCCUGGUCCAGAAGCUCCAGCUGGGGCAGAAUGAAGCAGCCAGGCUGCUGAUGGGGGCAUCUGGCCAAGAACAUGGGACACCAUUCUUAAAACAGCAGCACUAGCUGCCUGUCUACUACUGAGCCUGGCUCAAGGUCCUUGUGUUAGUUUAUAAAGCCCUGGACAAGAAUACUGUAAGGACUGCCUGAACCCUUCUGUCCCGGCUCAGUUGCCAAGAUCAUCGGCAGGAGCAUCGCUGGUUGUUCCCCAAGGCUCAAGUGACAGCAAUGAGAAGCCGAGCCUUUAGUGUCACCACCCCAGGCCUGUGGAACUUUCUGCCAAUAGAGAGAUGCAUUCUGUGCCAACUUUUAAACGCCUGUUUAAAAGUUUUCUCUUCUGUCAGGUGUAUGCUUGGCAAUUAAGAGUACAUCCUUCUGCAAUGGUACCUUGAUGUCUGUUUUAAACAAAAGGUCUCUCUCUCUCUCUCUCUCUCUCUCUCUCUCUCUCUCUCUCUCUCUCACACACACACACACACACACACACACACACACAAUACCUCCUAACUAUGCUGCUGAAGAAAGGUACUCUGUUUUAUGGAAGAACAUGCCCAGAGACCCAUUAUUGAAUCUACAACAUUCACCACCCCCAAUAGAAAAGUGGCCACCCCUAUUCUAGAUGGAAGGCAUUGUGUUUAGGUUCAAAGGGGCUUCAUCAUUGCCACUUUCCUAAUGUAAAUAGGCUCCCCCCCCCAAAAAAACAGUUCAUAGGGAAAAACCAUAUGUGCACCAUCCAUGUAUGCUUUGGGGAGAGGGAGAGAUUCAAGUUGUCAUGGAAACAUGGGUGCAGCCAGAAUUUGUUGGGGGGGGGCAGGACAUUUGUGUGUGAGGGGGUCAGAACCGACAUGAUUGGCCAGUUAUUUAAGUAGUCCUAUUGUUUUAGUUGAUCUAGGGGGUCCUGGUUGGAAACAGUGAAAUAGUGCCCAGUCCUGAUCUAGUCGGGCUCCCCCAGAAGCACAUUUUUUUUGGGUGGGGGUGGUAGUUGGGGGGUUAAUGGGGGGUAGGUCGAAUCACAGUUGUCCCAAAAUCACUCCAUGUUUUGCUCUUUCUCUCCCUGGCGAAAGCGGGCCUUGCAGAUGGUCAGGCUGUGAGGCUUAAUGCCGAUUUGGGUUGUGUUGCAACAAAGCCAGCUAUUUUUAAAUGUAUUUGCACAGACAAUUCCAGCACCUUCGCCGCAACCCUUUGGCCCACAAGCCUCCCACUUCCUCCCAAGGGGAGAUGCAACUGGGGCUCUCGCCACCCGCUAAGGAAGCUCCCUGCCCCUAUCCCCUUCCCCCGCAUUCCCUGGGAACGCCCGUCUCUGCUCACCUUUAGCAUAAGGAUCCGGUUGGAGGAACUGAAGCUUCAUUUGGGAGAUCAGUUCCUAAGGAGCCCCCGCUUUCUGUGGUGUUUAGAAAUAUGGGUUCAAGAAGGAUGCUGGGGGCUGGAUGUGGCUUUUUUUUUUGCCCAGUGGCAAAGGAGGAGAAGGAGAUGGCGGCAAGGCAGGAAGAGGAUGUGGCUGCAUUGUUGUUAAGCAGUUGAGCUCAAUGCAGGGUUACGGUUAGGAAGCCACUGACACAGAGAGGUUGUUCCUGAGCAUGCCAACCAUGGGGCAGAGUUUCCGAUACCUCUCGCUUCCUAUGGAGACUUCAGUAGCGGGGAGCCUCCUUUCAAUUCACUUCCCGGCUUUCAGUUCAUUGACUUGGUUGGGUUUCGCCACAUCCAGCUGCAUUACAUGUGGCAUAGAAUCCUUGAAAUGUAGAGCUGGGAGGGACCCCAAGAGUCAUUUAGUCUGACCCCCCUACAGCAAAGGAAUGAAGCACUAUGUAUAUAUUUACAUGGUGAAAUUUGUGGGCUGUCUCAGUGCCAUCCUGUGCACAUCUAAUGCAGUGAGCUCAAAGGGACUUGCUGUCUUGUAAAUAAUGUUGCAUGCUUCCUCAGGGUUCGGUUUCCUUGGAGGGGAAGGACAAAGGAGACUGUGGUGUCUUGGGAUGUAUGGUUUUCGUUACCCAUACAUCCAAGCUGAGCAUAGGAUGGAGAUGCUCACAGAGUUAACACCCCAAUAGAUUUUGCCUCCUCGUUCAGUUCCUGGGGAAGCUCCAAGUCCAGCACAGAACAAGAAAAGCCUCUGUGUCUCCAGCUUGCACCACAAUCCAUCUCUCCCUCCCUUCUCUCUCAUACCAACUCUUACACAGCUCCCCUUUCCCUCUUCACUGCUGGUAUCCUGCCAGGUGAGGUGGGAAAAGGCCCAGCCAAUUUUCUCUAUGGCAACAGAAGUAACUCUCUGGACAUGUAAAUGGCAAGGACCUACCGUAUUUUUCGCUCUAUAAGACGCACCAGACCACAAGGCGCACCUAGUUUUUGGAGGAGGAAAACAAGAAAAAAAAUAUUCUGAAUCUCAGAAGCCAGAACAGCAAGAGGGAUCACUGCACAGUGAAAGCAGCAAUCCCUCUUGCUGUUCUGGCUUCUGGGAUAGCUGCGCAGGCUGCAUUCGCUCCAUAAGACGCACACACAUUUCCCCUUACUUUUUAGGAGGGAAAAAGUGAGUCUUAUAGAGCAAAAAAUACGGUAACUAGUCACCUUUAGCAAAGACACUAGACUAGCUGGUUCAACAGCUUCUUCCACUACAGGUAGAUUCUAAACCUCACCGAGUUUAUUAAUAUUUUGAGAAAAUUGAGAAAUCUUAUGUCGGCUUUUGGUUUUAUCAGCAUUUUCCCAUGAAAAUUGUGCAUCAUGUUUUGCGAGGCGCUUGAAGAUUUUUGUUGAAUAAGCAGUUUAUAGCUCUUGUCGACGGGAUAAAUAAGAAGAGCGCUGCUGGAUGAAACCUACUCUGUCCAGCUUUCUGAGGUCUUCUCUUUAAUCUGUACCAUAUUUUUUGACUUGCCUUUUUUGUGGGUACCCUACUUUAGUGUGGAAAAGUUGGCUUAGAGUUGUUUCAACGACUGUGUGGCUUUGAAGAGGGAAGCAUCGAAAUGGGCUUGCGUGAAGACCCUGCGCUUCCUUCUAACCUUGUACUGGGUGGGGUGUCUUAGAGAAACCAAGGAGCUUUGAAAUACUUUGUAACUUUUGCUGAUGGCUUCCUCUUGGUCAGUGCUGGUGCGACAGGUCGUCUGGGAGAGGGAACCGCCCUGUGUAAUGGUUGGAAAGGGUGAUGCUCUUGGGAGGUUUCUCGGAUUGCUCUUUGCCAUUUGGCAGGUGAGAAAACACAGCUGCGGAGCUGGCAAGGGAGGCAUCAGGGAUCAAAGUCUUUCUGGGGUGUGCGCGAUUAAACUGAGAGGGUCCCACAUAAAGCAGUUGCGAUUUAUGGACCUUCGAAUCCAGGCUUGUGCACAUGUUUCAGAUUAAGGGUGGGUUGCGUUGAAGGGAUGGUUGUGUUCUCAGUCCUAAAGGGAAUAAUGGGUUUCAUAUUGUUGGGGCGUGAGUAAUGGGGGAACAGGGGCAAAACUAACUAACACUUUUCAUUAGGUAGCAUUUGAGCUGGCAAAUGUGGGUGAGAGAGUAGGCUCUCUCUCUCUCUCUCUCUCUCUCUCUCUCUCUCUCUCUCUCUUACACACACAGAUGUUUGCAGGUCAGAAAAUAAUAAAGUUGUUUAUUGUAGGAAAUGCAUAACUUGGGUGGAUAAGGUUUCUAGGUACAGUAUAGCCUAACUUUCUGACGUUGGAAGAACUUGUAUAGUCCACAUGGUCCUGCCCUUUGACAAAAUGGAGAGCGCUGCCAGACUUGAGGAAGUCCGGAGGUUUGCGGAGGUGUGGAAAAUCUGUCGGCCCCAAGCAGAAGGGUGCCAGAGGGAACACAGCCCACACCUUUGAAGGCAGGAGGGGUGUGCAAAACCCAGCCACCUUUUUAUUAAUAGAGCCGGAAAUGCUUGGAUGUGGUCCACCUGGAUCUCUGUGAAGCUUCUAGUCAAAGAUGAUGCUUGAUGGAAAGUAACCGCCCUCAGCUUCCGCAGCUCUUUUCCCUAGCCGCUGCCUCCCCCACAGUACCUGUGGCAGGUACUGAAGUCUUUUGGGAAUGGGGCAGGGUGGGGAUCUGGAGCUGAGGGAAGGGGUGUCUUGUUUCGGGCCAGACUUGCUGAGUUGCCCCCAACAUUGGGGGGCAUGACAUCACACACGGGCGCCCCCAACCUGGCCAGGCACACUCGGCUCGCCAUUCCCCCCACUACCAACCACCUUCCUGAAAGGUGCCCUGGUGUGUCCUUUUGAGGAUUGUCACAAAGUUGAAAAUAUGGGGGGACUGCCCCCCGGCCCCCUAGAUGACACCCCUGUUUGGGGCCAAAAUGGCAGUGCUCUGGUGGCUGACAAGCAAAGCUGCUUUUCAGUAUGAGAGAUAGAAACAGAAUUGUAAGGUUGGAAGGGACCCCCAAGGGUCAUCCAGACCAACCCCCUGCAAUGCAGGAAUUGCAGCUUAAGGCUUAAGAUUCCCUGACAGAUGCGCGCAUUCAACCUUUCCAAGGAAGGAGAAUCCAUCACCUUCUGAGGUGGUGGAACGUGUGCAGACAGAUGCACCACCUUAGGCCACAAAGCCCCACAAUCUUCGAGUUCUCAAGAAAUUCUCAAUUACCCUGAGAAUUGAGGAAGAAACUUGUUCUCAGAGGAAGAAAACAUUUCAAGAAAACGGAAGGUAGAUUUUGGAAUGUACUAAUAUAACUCUCCAAAGUGGAUCAUGUUCCUCUGAGUCACAUGAAUCCUUGUUUUUAAACCCACAGUUACCGUAACUCUUCUCGCUGUGGUGGGCAGAGGUGACACGAGCUCCCCCCAAAAACCUCUCAGCCAGAUGUAAGAGAUAUACUUAAACCCACAUAUAGAGUAUGUACAGGACUUUUCUUGCCCAUGGCAGCCAUUUUUUGCUGGAACCUUUGGCACUUUUAUCAAAAUAGGAGUCUGGGCACCUCAAAAAAUUUUUAACCGGAAAAGUACCACACAUAGCAUACAUACAUAGACCAUUCACAGUGGGUAUAUACAACCCACACAAAGACAGCAUCCACAUAGAGCCAUAGAAUCGACAAGUUGGAAGGGAUCCAAGGGUCAUCUAGUCCAACCCGCUGCAAGGCAGCACAUGACAGCAUCGUCAACCAUUUUCCUGGCUCGUAUUUCCUCCUCAUUCAGUCUGGAUGACCCUUUCAGUGGAUAAUCCGAUGAAAGAAAGAAUCCCUGUUCCCCACAAAGCUCAUUUGCAAUCCCUCCUACGGGCUUCUGCGUUAGCAAGGAAUCGGUGACUGUUUUGUGACGUUUUGUCAAGGGUUAAGGGAAAAGCCCAGCUGUUUGGCAGGCUUUCCUGUUGCUUCAGCGAUUGGCCAGAAGCCUCAGGGGGCGGGCGCAAGGAGGCAGCUCCAGCAGUUUGGCCACCUGUGCCUGGAGUAACCCUCAUUUUUUUGCAAUUGACAACGGCCAAGGAGCAGCAGCUGCUUCGGCUGCUGCUGCUCUGGAGCUGGCAACAAAGUGUGUGUGUUUGUGUGUGUGUGUAAGUAUAACUCUGGGGGCAUGUUGCCUCCAGCCUUUGCCCUGCCCCAGCAGAGGAAGCGACUGAAUCUCUCAAGGAUUUUUGACAGCCACGGAGUUUUCUCCUGGUACCUCAAGCACAGUUUUUCAACACGGGACAUGGAGCAAGGCAACUCGAGGUAAAUAGUCACUGCAUCAAAAUGCUCUCCGAUGCUGUCAGUUUAGUGGUGAAGCUGUCUGUCUGUCUGUCUGUCUGUCUGUCUGUCUGUCUCUCUCUCCCCCUUGGUCUUUCGCUUUCUGGCUCUGAAGAGUCAUAACUUUCCCCGAGGAGCGCCUGACGCUCACAUGAUGACCUGGCAAUCCUGUUUUCACUUCAUCGACUUGACCUGCCUGAACAGAAAAAUGGUGUCUGUGUGGGUCUGGUUAUAUGUGCCCCAUUCCGAGGCCGUUCUCUCCUAGGAGACGUUACUGGUUUGGGUGCAUGGCAAGGGAGGACUUCUUGCUUGUACAAACGUUUCAUAGCCAUUCUAAACUGUUGCAGGAGCUCCUUCCGUUGCUGCUCUCCCUUGUCUUUUGCUACGGGAGCACUGUGUGUGUGCAUUAUGUGAUUAUGGGAGUUCUUGGGUUGCGUCUUGCUUGUUUUGUGAUGCAGGAAAGACCAAGUAACAUGCACAUGGCUCCCUUCCAGCCUCUCGGGGUGGUGGGCGCUGAGCAGGUGGGCCCUUUUGUAAGCGACCGGCAAACUGAGUGGGUGAGAUCCCCCGUGGGAGCCGCACUGGAGGUGUGGUCCUGAUCCGUGCACAUGGCACAAAAGAAGUCAGUGGCAGCAUCAAACACACACUCAGUUCAGUCCACGCUGGUUGGCCCCUGCUCUUUGAGGCUGUAGAACCAUAGAACUGUAGUGUGGAAGGUAUAGCCAAGGGCCAUGUAGUCCAGCCCCUUGCAAUGCAGGACUCACAGCCAAAGAAUCCUUAACAGAUGACCCUCCAGCCUCUGUCAAAAAAACAGAGAGAGUCCACCACCUUCCAAGGAUGUCCAUUCCACUGUCAAACAACUCUUGUUGAAGUGGUCAGGGUCCACUGCAUUGGCAGGUGCUGCGUUUCAGUCUGAAAAUUCAGAUGCUUAUUUCUUAUAUUUUACCGUAAUUCACAGCCUGCCCUGUCUCCAGGACUCUGGGUCUGUUGUACCCCAAAAUAACACAUGGCUUAACUAUGAGCUCUCUUGAGUUUCAGGCCAUCCAUAUGGAAAACUCUGAGUCAUGGGCAGGGAAAACAUGGAAACCCAGAGUGCUAUUCAGCACUAGUCCUGCUCAGAGUAGACCUAUUGAAGUUAAUGGAUGUGACUUAGUUAGGAUCCCUAAUUUUAUUGGGUUCUGGCUGACUACAACCCCAGAUUUAGUGUCUGAAUUGAAGAAUUGAAGAAUGGAUUGUUAGAAGUAUUGCCCUCCUCCAAAAAAGGAAAUGCAAAUAUCUGUCUAUAGUUAGGUCUGUAUUUUCUGUAGCUUCUCACUUAUUGACAGAGAUGGCUGAGCUUGUCCCCACUUGCUGAGGGCCAGAAUAACUUGGUUCAUUUCCUGAGGCUUGGAAGACAAGCCCCUCUCUCCGAAACACCCUCCUCCCCUUCCCCUUAAGGCCUUACCUGGUCAGGUGGGCGAGGUGACCUGCUCAGUCUGCUCUCCGGGUGCUAACUAUUGAUGGGCAGGAUCAAGGCCCCUGCUCCUUUAUCUUGGGUUGGAGAGAAGUUCUAAUAAAGGAUUUCUUCAAAUACAGGACGGUCAUCUUGAAAGUCCUUGAAAUGUGGAGGGACGGAGAAAGUCCCCUACGAAGAAAAGUUGCCGUGUUUGGGACUUUUUAUUUCAGAUAAAAAGGCGAGAAAGAGGUGGUUAAGAUACAAGUUUAUACAAUGAGGUAUGACAUGGAGAAAGUGAAUAGAGAGACAAAUAAACUCUCCCUCUCUCAGGACACUUGAACUUGUGGAUAGCCAAUGGAGCCGAAUGUUGGAAGAUUCAGGGCGGAGAAAAGAAAGGACUUCUUUAUGCAACACGUAGUUAAACUAUGGAACUCGCUCCUGCAAGAGGCAGUGAUGGCCACCAAGCUAGGUGGUUUUAAAAGAGGGCUGGGCAAAUUAAUGGAGGAGAGAGCUAUCCAUAGCUGUGUUCUGCCUCCAAGGUCACAGGCAGCAAUGCUUCUGAAUACCAGUUGCUGGAAACUGCAGGAGGGGAGAGUGCUGCCACUCUUGUGCUUGGUUUGGGCUUGUCGGUUGCUGCUCUCCAUGCAUGUUGCUGCUACUCCUGCCAUUGAUCUGUGCCCUUUAGAGGACAGGGGGGAGAGUGUUAGGAAUCAGAAGGGUCUUGAAUUUUGGAGAUUGUUGGUGAUGAGAGAAGCCAUGAAUUCUCCUCCGGCUUGGAUUUCAACCUGAGCCGGGGAAGAACCUUCAGACUUUGAAAACUCUCCUCUGAUUUAAAAUCUGGAGGAGAUCAUGGUACAGGGCUGGGUGUGCACCCAGCACUAUAAUGGACAAUGGUUAUUUAGUGGUUUAGUGCCAGACUGGGAGUUAGGAGACCAAAUCCCUGCCUGGCCAUGAAGAUCACUGGGUGAGCUUGGACCAGUCAAUGCCUCUCAGUCUAAUCUACAUCACAGGGUUGUUGUGAAAUGAGGAGAGGAAGCUGUAUAUGUCACCUUGAGCUUCUUGGAGGAGAAGAAUUAGACAGGAAUGCAAUAAAUAAACAAAGGAGUAAGAAUUGAUUCCAAAAUAAAUAGGAUUAGUAAAUGUCUUCCCUCUCCCCAUUAUAUUUCUCCUAAUCUCUUUAGUGCUACUUUAGGAGCACAUUAGGCCAACAUAAUCCAUAUUAACCAUUUUCCGUUGCAAGUCCUUGUCGCUGACGUUUGGACAUAUCAUUCUGGAGGGUUGAAUGAGGGCACAGAUUGCGUGUUCUUUGUGGCAGUCAGAGGCAUUGGUGGCCAGGGCCCAAAUCCAUUUCUCCUUUCUUUGGAAAGGGUGCUAGGGGUCACCAGAGUGACAUGUGUGAAUCGGUAAAGAUGAUAAACAGUGCCCCUGCAGGCGUACAGAGUGCUCUCCUCACCAGCGAGGGACCACAGCAUUUCAGUAUUUGUAGGAAAGGCAAUCGGGUAACGUGAGGCGAUUUCUGCCUCGCCCCGUGCCUUCCCUUGAGAAACUGAGCAGACCUGGGCUCUCCCUGUGCCAUUUAAAGCAAAGGAACCCCUUCUUUCCCCCUUGAGGCAACAACAGGGGAACUGGGUUAGCAGCAAGGCGGGGAUAGUACGGCAGUGCUUGGAAAAAGCCCUCUCAGAGACCCGAGUUUGGAGGGCUACGUUUUGCAUGGAGUAUGAAUCCAUUAACCUUUGCGCACAGUUCCGGCACAUUCCCUGGCAUCCAGAACAUGGCCGUUGAGGGAGGCUGCAUUCCAGUAAAGUCAGGGGUCCCCCCUCCAGCCCAGUUAAUAAUUGAGCUGCAAUGACCCUCCUUGCGCCGUGUCUCCCUGAAAGUCACCUCUGUAUACUUACAGUCAGCUUGCUGGCACUGGGGGCUCCCGAAGUUUCAAAGUAAAGGAGACCUUUGUUUCCUUGCUCGCUCUGCCCUGAGAGGGAUGUCGCCAGUCUCAAGACCCCAUUUGAAUGUGACUUGUUUGGCAAUGCUCCUAAAGGAGUUGAUCUGAUGAAAUAGCUGGACAACCUGGAACUGGACAGAGUCUGGACAGAAGCGGAAUUGGUAGACUAAAACUACAGGAACCCCAGUCUCUGAGUGGUGAGAGGCUCUGGGAUGCCUGUGAUUUUCCCAGGGGUUACUUUCCUGGGAAUGAAGGUCUGUGGUGUCUUUCGGAACUACGGUUUUAUUUAUGCACAUGAACAACCUGAGCAGAGGAUGGAGAAGGGUUCAUGGCAUUAACCCCCCAGCAUUUCUCCCCACAGACUUCCCUUAGGUUCCCAGGGGAGCCCCAGACUCAGUUUUGGGUUCAGCACAGAACAAUAUAAACCUCUGUGUCUCCGGCUUCCAGCAUCAGCCAACCCCCCCCCUCUCUUUCUCUCUUACACACACACACACACACACACACACUUGGCCUGUUGAUCCCCAUCCUAGGGUGACUGGUGGCACUCAGCCAGCUGGGGUGGGAAAAGGCCCACCCAUGUCUGUGUGACCACAGGGCAAACUCUUUCUAUAUGUAAAUGGAGGUGCUUAAACUGGCCAGCUAAAGGACUGGUUUUGCUGGUUUCCGCUUGCAUUUUCUACCCUCACCCACACAGAAGCACAGGUUUCGGAAGGGAUCCCUGGGUGUCAUCCAGACUGACCCACCCACACCUAUAACAGAACAUAGAUCUAGGUUAAAUGGGGGUGGGGGACUUGAUAAUGACAUAAUCUCUGUAGCUCCCUGCAAAGAUUAUUUCAUUGCCAAGUUCUCCACACACCCCACCCCAGUUCUAGGAUCCAGAUUUAGGAUGACUUCAAGAUAAGGCUCUCCCAUCACCCCCUGUCCAGUGGCUGUGCUGUCGGAGGCUGAUGGGAGUUGGUAGCCCCAAACAUCGGGGGGGGCAGAUUGGGGAAGCAUCUAUGGCGGACACAGAGGCAAGGAUGAGAGAAAGAUGGAACAGACUGAAUGUCUUGACACGCAUUGGGGAAAGGCAAGGCCUUGCCAGUCUUUCUUCCCAGAAUCCUCUCUGCUUAAAAGAUGGGGGUCAAUAGACUCAUAGAACUGUACAGCUUGAAGGGACCCAAAGGCUCAUGUGGUCCAACCCCCUGUGAGGCAGCAAUCACAGCUGCGUCCUGAGAAAAAUACCGCCAUUUGGAUGAGUUGAGAAUGGCCUUUGGGGCUGCUGUGGGCUCCUUUUCCUUUUGGAGUGAUGGCGACUGAAGUGUAGCAUUGGGGUUGUGAAAGCAGAGUGAGGGUGGUUUUCCCAUUCCUUGAACCGCCUCUCUGGCCUCCUCUCCAGCUACUGCCACCGACUGUUGUGUCAGCUGCUGGUUGGUUGGCACAUGGGCAGGUUUGGCCCAUCUCUUUGCUUCCGUGGGGGGGACGGUUCUUUCCUGCUCAUUUGCUGAUCACAGAAGCUCAGCUAUGAGCCCGGAGAUAAUCCCUCCAUUACGAACGAAGCAGCUUUGCAUGGGAAACUGGAGAAGAUUCUGUUCUGCUCAGCGUCCCUCAUUUUGGAGUGAACCAGGCCUGGUUUAUCUUGGCUGAGCACUUAAUAAGUGACAUAUUACCCUGCCAGCGUGUGCCCGGGAACAUUUACGGAGCGUACAGCAACGGCACUGUUUGACUAUCCAUUUUAACGGUCGCUUAUCAGGAAACGGCACUUGUCAUAUGGUGCCAGAAGCGGUCUUGCACACACUUCCACAGAUCUGUUACAUCGAAGAGAGUGACUCAGUUACUCCCCCUUCCCUCCCAAAAAAGAGACAGAAAAUGAGGAAUAAAUGAAUCCUUCUUCUGGUGUUCUUAAGAUAACAUUUCCAUUGCCAUGCCAGGAACAAAACGUAGUAUUGGGGUGGAUCAUUUCCCCACAACAUUGGGGAAUAAUUCAAUCACAAUUUAAGAUGUUUCUGUUAGAAAUGGGUGUCCUCUUUUGAGACAUAAGGGUGGGGAAAGGGGCUUCCAGUCUCUGCUCGUCCCCUUCCCUCAACCUGCUCCAUUAAUCUGCUUUCCGCUUGCUGAGAUAAACUGCAGGAAAUCCCUAGAGGCCACCUUAACCGAACCUCUGAGCUGUACAGGAAAAACAUCCUGGAUGGAGCUGCGGAGUCUCUGCUCCCAAUUAAGCCAGUUGGGUUCUGCAUUUUAUCCAGAUCCAGAUGUUCUCUCCGUUGACGAAACCUCUGGUGCACGUAGGAGGCACCAGCCGAAACAUAAUACUCAUGUGAACUUUGGAAAGAGGCUCUCCCUGCAUCGGGAGGGCAUGUAGAAGGAAGGCUUGGUAAUUUUGCCCCAGGGCAAGCAGCCCACUUCCUACCUUGGACUGGGGGCAGUUGUGGUUGGCCUCCUCUCCUGCCCAAUAGGAAUCAGCAGACCUGAGCUGGGGCACCUGGUCGCUGUUCAAAUGCAGCCUUUAACAUUAUCUGUUCUGCGUGCAUGUUAAUGGAGACAUCCGGGUCGCUAGACAUUAAAGGCGGUGGAACCUCCUUCAUUGGAGGUUUUUAAAGAGGUUGGAAAACCAUCUGUCAGGAAGACGCCGUUUGUUUAUUCAUUUAUCCACCCCACCUUCUCCCCAGACUGGGGCUGAAAGUGGCUUACACAAGUUGAAAACACACACACAUAAAAUACAGAAAGCUGAAAAAAGAUAAUUAAAAAGUAAUUAAGCUAUAACUAUAAAAAACUAUGGGACGCAGGUGGGGCUGUGGGUUAAACCACAGAGCCUAGGACUUGCCGAUCAGAAGGUCAGCGGUUCGAAUCCCCGCGAUGGGGUGAGCUCCCGUUGCUCAGUCCCUGCUCCUACCCACCUAGCAGUUUGAAAGCAUGUCAAAGUGCAAGUAGAUAAAUAGGUACCACUCUGGCGGGAACCUAUCCAGGGUUUCCGUGCACUGCUCUGGUUUACCAGAAGCGGCUUAGUCAUGCUGGCCACAUGACCCGGAAGUUGCAUACCAGCUCCCUCGGCUAAUAAAGCAAGAUGAGCGCCUCAACCCCAGAGUUGGCCAUGACUGGACCUAAUGGUCAGGGGUCCCUUUACCUUUACUAUAAAAAGCUAUUAUUUAGCUGUGGUUCCAGCAUCAAAGGCGGUUGGGCUAGAGGACCCCUGGGGUCCCAGAAAAUGUUUUGUUUGUUGUAUUUAUAUCUCACCUGUUUCUGCAAGGAGUUUGAGGUAGCAUUCACAUGGUUCUCCCCUCCUUGUUUAAUCCCCGCAACAACCCUGUGGGGUAGGUUAGGCUGAGAGAAGACAGUGACUAGCCCCCAAAGCUGCAUGCAGAGAGCUUCAUGACCAAGUGGGGAUUUGAACCCUGGUCUUUGCCCCCACAUUUCAGGGCUUCCCCACACUUCUGCUCAUCCCGCCACUUUCCCUCAGGGAAAAGCCUGCUUUCUCCCUCUGAAUCGGAACAAACGUCAGUCAGGUUUCCUGCAGGUUGAUGCUUGUUCCGAUUCAGUGGUCAAUGGUGGGUAUCGCUGGGGAAAGUGGCAAACGAAAAACCCGCUCGGCCCCAUGCCUAGAAAAUGCAGGAGAAGUGGGAGUGUGGAGGAGCCCUUAGCCCAGGGGUCAGCAAACUUUUUCAGCAGGGGGCCGGUCCACUGUCCCUCAGACCUGUGGGGGGCCGGACUAGAUUUUGGAGGGUGGGAAAUGAACGAAUUCCUAUGCCCCACAAAUAACCCAGAGGUGCAUUUUAAAUAAAAGGACACAUUCUACUAUGUAAAAACAUGCUGAUUCCCAGACUGACCGUGGGCUGGAUUUAGAAGGCGAUUGGGCUGGAUCCAUCUCCCGGGCCUUAGCCCAGCACUCUAGCCACUGGCUCAUAAGCUGACCCUUCCCUCCCUCCAUACUCAGGUCUGGUACAUCUUUUUUUAAAAAGAAAGGUUGCUGUCUGCUGAAAGGUUGGUUUUGAGAGCUCAGCAGCUUCCCCCCUCUCCCCAGCCACCUGCCUUUCCUCUGGGUGAUGCGGAAGCGAACUUUGUCACGGAGAGACUGCGUGUCUUGCUUCAUUCAACUCUGCGUCCUAUUUGAAAGGGGAGCAGCGACAUUAACAGCGCUUUAGGGCUCUGUGGCUUCCUCUCCUCGGAGUUUCCCUGACCUUUUGUGCUGUGGAUCCUCCUCUUGCUCUUUGGACAUCUGAACCUUGGGAGGUGCCUGGAAGUCUCUCUCUCUCUCCUUUUAACCCAGUCUGCCUGGCGAGAAUCCUAGGAGUAGAACAAUCAACAAAUACAGCAAGUUAUUCAGGUUGAACUUAAUUAACCCAUAUGUGGGAUAAUUUAUUUCAUUUAUUGCAUCCCACCUUUUCCCACCUCCACGGAGCUCAAGGUGCCUUGCACUGCCCUCCCCCUCCUCAAUUAACCCCCCACAACAACCCUGCGAGGUAGGCUAGGCUGAGAGGCAGUGGCUGGCCCAAGGUGAGCCAAGUGGGGAUUCGAACCCUGGUCUCCCAAGUCCUAGCCAACAAUGCAGCAUGCUGGCUCUCUAAAAUCAUGCGUCCUGGUGCCCACUUUUUUGAGGACCAAGUAAAGAAGAUAUCAAUCUACCUGCUGGCAUUCUGAUUUCAGGGUUUUAUCCGCUGCUGCUUUUAAUGCUUUAGCUUAAGUUUAUUUUCUCUUUGUCUAUCUCCAUUGCAUUAUUAUUAUCUUUGAUGCUUUAAUGUUUUCGUGUUUUUAUCAUCUGUAAGCCGUUGGUUUGGUGGCAGCAGGGGGCGGAGAGCUUUCUUGGAAGUGGGACAUUUGCAGAGGAAAUGUUCUCACUGGAUCUUGAAAGAGAUCUUCCUUCCUGUCUCCCAUAAUCUGACAUGAUGCUACUUUUACCCCCACAGUGAAAUUCAGAGAGGGGGCUGGGUGUACUCAUGUCUCGGCACUCUUAAAAAAAAUAGGAAUUUACUGUGAAACUGCUUUGAACAAUUUUUUUUUUAAGAGAGAUGAUAAACUGCGGAAUGUUUAACAAUGGAAUUCACUUCCACAGGAGGCAGUGAUGACCAACAAGCUAGAUGGCUUGAAAAUAAGAUUAGACAACUCCAGGGAGGAGAAUAAGGCUAUCAAAGUCUACUAGCUGCAAUGGCUAUGCUCUCGUUCCAUGCUCAGAAGCAGCAAGACUUCUGAAGGCCAGUUGCUGGAAGCCACAGGAGGGGUUUUUGUGCUGAAAUCCUGCCUGCGGGUUUCCCAUUGGGGACAUCUGGUUGGCCACUGUGAGAACAGGAUGCUGGACUAGAUGGGCCACUGGCCGGAUCCAGCAAGGCUCCUCUUAUUUAUUUAUUUAUUUAUUGUAAGUUGUUUUGAGUUUCCUUCUGAGGGGAAAGCAACUAAUAAAUAUAAUAAUAAUCAUACCCGUGUGCAGAACAUUUGUGAUGAACGAAAACGUCUUGGGAGUGUUUACAUGACAAUCAUAAGUAAAUCAAUGUUCAGACCACUUCUUUAUUGAAAUUAUCACUUGCCUGGGAGAUGGGAUGUAUCUGGCUUUUUGGAAACCUCACCCAACAAAUCGUACCCUAAAGCACAUUGUUAAUUUCAGGCAACUUUGUUCUGAAGAUUGUAAUAGCACAGAACUGGAGGGGAAACCCAGAAUUAGCCAUUCUGGCGAAGGAAAUAACCCAGUUGUCCAAUUUUGGUGGAACAGUCAUGUUAAGAGAUGGAAGGUACAUUGCAGAGCGUCAUCCUUCUAUUCGUUUUCAUAAGCGAAAGCGUAACUUUGAGGUUAAUCCUGUUUUCCGUUUCCCUUCUCCUGACUGGUUCCAUGAGCAUUUGCAGGAAACAAGGGGUUAAGGCUGCUCCCCAGCAGGAUGGAGCAGAGUAGCUUCUUUCAUGAGCUGAGAUGGUUUGUAUUUCCUUGCCUUCUUCAGGAUUCAGGGAGGUGCUGGUUUCUUUAAAGGCAUUUCCUGUAGGCAAGUUUAUAUUUGGCAUAGCGCUGGAAGCGGAAGAGGGCUGGGACCAAAGUAGCGGGCUUGGAACAGAGAGAACCAGAUUUUUCUUAAUGUCACCACAGAUUCCCUCAAGGAAAUCUGCACUCCUUGACUUGUGUCAGUUCCCUCAGGGAAGGAAGAAGGUCAGCAAACUGUCCCUAUAUGGAUACCUUAUAAACUGCUCCUGUUUUUUGUUUGUUUUCUUUUUUUAAUUGGGCUAACAACAACAGAAAUACACAUCAGGCUGGUACAAUAAUAAUAGACUGACUCUACUUUUAAACAUAGUAUGGAAUAAAAGCCAUUACUCUUCAGGGGUGGGAUGCAUGUUAAAGGGGAAUAAUAUCAUAUAUUAUUGAAUCCACCAAAUCUAUCAGUAAGCAGAGGGAGGUGACAGACCGUGUCACCUACUGCCCUAAAACUACAGCAUCCACCGUGCCUCAGACACAUUACAAAAUGACCAGGUAGGCAAAGAGAACAUAAGGUAAAGGUAAAGGGACCCCCGACCGUUAGGUCCAGUCGUGACUGACUCUGGGGUUGAGGCGCUCAUCUCGCUUUAUUGGCCGAGGGAGCCGGCGUACAGCUUCCGGGUCAUGUGGCCAGCAUGACUAAGCUGCUUCUGGCGAACCAGAGCAGUGCACAGAAAUGCCAUUUACCUUCCCGCCGGAGCGGUACCUAUUUAUCUACUUGCACUUUGACGUGCUUUUGAACUGCUAGGUUGGCAGGAGCAGGGACCGAGCAAUGGGAGCUCACCCCGUCGCGGGGAUUCAAACUGCCGACCUUCUGAUCAGCAAGUCCUAGGCUCUGUGGUUUAACCCACACCGCCACCCGCGUGUCUAAAAACUUGUGAUGAGAAAAUGGGAAGCGGCAGGCUCCCUCGGAAGGUGGUGGACUCUCCUUCAUGGGAGGUUUUUAAGCAGAGGCUAGGUGGUCAUCUUUAGCUGUGAUUCCUUCACUGAAGGAGAUUGGGCUCGAUGAACUUUGGGGUCCCUUCCAACACUAUGAUUCCACGAUUUCCUUGUGUGAGAUGUCGAAAUGCCCGAACUUACAACCGUGUUGCUUUCUGUUAUUGUGACUUUUUCACAUCGGAAGAAGAGAGUUACGAAACCGGGCUUAUCCAAACACAUCUUGUUUGAAGAUAGUAUUUCAUCGCACGCAGGCGGUUUUCCUGACCCCAUGUCAAUGGCUUCCAUUGUUUCAUUGUUGGCUUUGUUUCUUGUAGGUGAGUAGAGGUGAAAUCUGGUCUACACACACACACACACACACACACACACACACACGGCUUUGGAGAUGUGAGAAUUCUGGACAAAUUUAUUUGGGUUUGAGAUCUGGCUAGCAGAGGGGAAGUGAGAAGUGCCUUAGUUUUGUGCCCCUCUAUUUUGGACAAUACCAUCGCAAAAGAUGUUUUCUAAUAUUCUCCCAGUGCUGUGCUUUCUGCCUUUGAGAAAAUGGAAAGGGGGGGGGAAUCGAAGAUCAAGAGAAAACAAUUCUGGGGGCACCUCUUUCCCAUUCUGGCCCCAUUCUGGCCAAGGGAUUUGCAAGGUCAGCACAUCCUGGGAUCGUUUUUCGGUAAGCCAAAGAUGGAGCAACAUAGAGCCCAAGGGAAGAGAGAUGGACUACGUUAUGGUUGGCUAGCUGAAGUGGAUGGUGUCAAGACACCAGCAGUUGGCUUACCGCGUGAGUUUGAUGGGUGAUAGAAAAUAGAUUUAAAGAAAAGAAACCCAAACACUCCAUGAUACCCACAUUUUGCAAUUUGGGAAAGAAUCUUGUAUAUCUGAAUUCUUGGGAAAGAAUCUUGUGUAUCUGAAUUUGAUACAUAGGAAAUAAAGUCCUACCAAACAUUGCAGAAAUGUUCCGGAUCUUCUCUGCCUUUAGAAACCACUAAUUUGUGGGUUAUUUUCUCAGUGUUAGAACAGAACCCACACAUUUUUGUCCUGCAGAGAAAGAGAUGCAUGUUGUGUAAUGUCUUUCAUUUUUGAGCUGUACAGGUUUGUGUUGCUGCUAGCAUCCAGGUGAGGUACAUUGCAGGGGGUUGGUCUAGAUGACACUUGGGGUCCCUUCCAACCUUAGAAUUAUAGGAUUCCUUAAAUAAGCAAAUAAAAUAAAAAAAUUGUCCAGUAGCACCUUAGAGACCAACUGGCUAUAAGCUUCUGUGUGUAUGCACCCUUCUUCAGAACUUCUUAUACCCAGAACAAACUUAAUUGGUCUCUAAGGAGCUACUGUACAAUUUUUAAAUUUUUAAAAUUUAUUUCAACUGCAUCAGACCAACAAGGCUACCUACCUGAAUCCAGGAUUCAUUAAAAGUUUUAAACACAAGUUGAGGGACCAUCUGUCAGUGAUUCUUUAAGCUGUGAUUCUUCCAUUGCAGGAGGUUGGACUAGAUGACUCUCAGAGUCCCUUCAAACUCUACAUUUUUAUUUUUCUACAAUUUGCAGGAGGCUUUUAAACAGAAGUCAUCUAGUCCAAGCCCCUGCAAUGCAGCAACCACAGCUAAAGAAUCCUUGACAGAUAGAAAACCAACCUCCUUUUGAAAACCUCCAGCGAAAGAGUCCAUCUCCACAAUAAUAUUGGCUAUUCAGAUAAUGAUGGUCUAAAUAUUGCCAAGUUUCUUGUGGUGCAUUCUGGGUAAGAGAAAAGUUAUAGAACAAGCCGAGUGUGGUGGGAGUUUCAGUCCGGAUAUGUCUUCACCCGAUUUCAUAUUUUUUCUUCAAAAAUUCCUCUUUUCACUUGUUCAACUUCGGUUAAGAAGCCAUUUCCUCCCUUAUUCAUAUUCCUGCAUUGCAGAAGGUUGGACUAGAUGAACCUUGGGGCUCUAUGAUUCUUUUUCGGUGACUUCCUGAAGAAAGAAAGGGGGACCUUCAAAGCAGAAUCUUGCUUCUGACAAGGUGGCCUGCAGCUGUCGAUCUUCAGGUCCCCUCAGAUUUGGCACAGCCUUUCCACAUGGUUACCUGACCAGAAGCAACCUCUCAUUCAUGUGAGCCUGAAAAUCCCACUUAAGUUGGGGUUAUGCGUUGGGUGAGCAUCUCACUAAACAACCAUAGGAAUUUGGUGCUUAACCUCUGGAGCUUAACCUCUGAAAGCAGUGACCCUGUAGACAACUCCUGCGGAAAAGGGAUUAAAAACUUUCCUUAGAGUCAACUGAACUUCGUGUCACGAUGGGGGAAGGCAAAGGAAGCCGGUAUUGCAGUCUUUCCACCCCUCCCUGCUUUUUCCCACCCCCUUUGGGGAUUUUUUUAGUUUAUUAGCUUAUUUAGUUUAUUAGCUUAGUUUAUUAUUAAUUAGUUUAAUAUUAGUUUAUUAACUUAUUUAUUAGCUUAUUUAAGAUGCCUAUUCCACCUGUUCCACUGGUACUGUGAGUUUGGGCAAAUUAACUGUGAUUUCCUUCUUGUUGAUGUUUCUGCCAUCAUCAUAAAGUUGUUUGCUAGCAGCGGGCAAUCUUUUCCCCCAGCUUAGCAAGAUGGGCCUCUUGAGCCAAAUGUCACAGGUGAGCGAAUCUGGUGACCUGUCCAUCACCUGACAUCACAAGGUUAGCAGAUGACUCGGUGUCUGGAAGUCCUGAAGCACCAAAUCUGAAAGGAUGGAGGGAGGUUGGUUAAAUCCUGCUGUGUUGGCUGCAUUGACCGGGCAGUGUCAGCUAGGUAUGGUUUGGGGGAAGCAACCUCGCAGGCUAAACUGGAGGGCCAAGACUGGAUCACAGGUUAGAUGUGGCUCAUCCCUCUUCUAGUGUAAUUGCUAGAAAUUGAAGGCAUGUUCAGGCAUUCACCUAAGCACCAGUCUUUCCGUGUUGCUCAGGGAAGGUCUGCGGAGGGUUUUUACUCUUCGUCGGGUGCUAGUAAACAAACGUAUGAGACACAGGAAUCUAAGUAUUGGGUACAACAGUGUUUCCCAAGCUUGGGUCUCCAGCUGUCAGGGAUGAUGGGAAUUGUUGUUGAAGUUACAGCAGGACUGUAAGCUAAAACUGCCACGUUGGGGGGGGGGGCAUGCAGUAUGAAUGAAUGGUAAAGUGCCUUAACUUUUCCCUUAAAUAGAAGCUUAUAAAUUUCAGAACAGGAAUUGUGCUUUUUACAUUCAAAAGGGAAUAAAAUAAGGGCGUUCUCUUCCUCUUCCAUCAUCACUCCAAGUAUUUUUAUGCCUCUCAUUGCAGAGGGUUGGGCUAGGUGUCCCUUAGGGUAUCCGUUCCAACCCUACAAUUCUAUGAUCCUUUUCGGCAUGUCCAGUGUUUAUAAGCUUGGUUUUGUAAAUGACACGCAUCCCUGUUCUCCAAUUGGCUGGGUCUGGGUUGGAGAGGACGAGACACUUUCUUUAGGCACCCCUCGUAGCAAAAUGCUGCAACGCACAGACAAGCCCAGAACCUCUCAGGAGAUCCAUGCAUACCAGUAAAAUUCCUCCAGCUUUAUCAUGUUUGCACAACACCAUUUUGUGGCAUCUUCAGGAUUGCACAAUUCUUCUCUGCACCAAAGAAAGGUGGGGAGGAGAGAUUACCUGUUGCCUUUGAGGGCAAUUUCUGAAUGGGAGAGCUAAGCACAAUAGUCACCCCUUGGAAAACUCUGGAUUUCCAUUUCCCUUUUGCAUUCCCCUCACAGGAUUGCCACCUUUCAUCCCUCAGGAGGGCUCUUCUGCCUUUUUGCAGCUAUGUUCCAUGUGCUGUGGAUUCGUAGGCAAAACCCAAGCAGUCCAGAAAAUGAGCUGAAACUCUGCUUCAUUUCCUUCCUUCUUUCUUUCUCAUCCUAGCUUUCAUGCUUCCUGCUGUCUGACCUGUUCAUCGGUUAUCUUAGCUAGUUAUAAACAUUGCACAUUGAAAAGAUAUGUGUCUUAUUGUGAAUAUAAGCGCUUAUAAAACCUGAACAGAGGGAAACUGCACUGUCUUAUUUUAAGGCACAAUCUCUCUCUUUUCACCCCUCUUCAAAAACAAUGGAAGCAAAACAAGCUUCCUGCUCUGGGAAUUUUGCUUUUUACCCUUCUGUAAAUUUUAACCAAUGGAUUAAGUUAGCUAAAUCUCAUCUGGUGAAGCGAGGUCAGGUUGCAGCCCAACGUGAUUUCCUUUCUAGCCAGUGGAAAUAUUUGUAGGACCACCAACAGAGCCAGGAAGGUGGAGGCAGCCCAGUCAAAGGAGGGGAUGGGUUCCUUUCAGGAGGUCAGGCGUUCUGCAGGCCCUUCGUGGCAUUUGGCUGCUUCUUGUUGUUCAAAGAACUUUGGACCUGCUCAGAGACACACACUGCCUGUGGGGAUAACAUUUCUGAAAAAUCUGGCAACCUUAGCCUCCUAUGCAGUGUAGCGGAAAGAGGUCCACCUCAAUGGAAGAUAAAUAAGGAUUAAAACCUCUGAGGGGAGAGAUUGCAGUUGAGGAAUAAGCUAUCAGUUAAGGGGCGUUUGGCCUUUCCGCAGAAGCAACAAACCUUUGUUUCUUCCCCUCUUUCGGUAAAAGCUGGUCUGAAUCAUGCUUUGUGGGGGAAAGUGGGGAAUUCUUGGCUGGCAAAUUGCCAUGCUGGGUUGUGUAUUGCUCCUCAGUUUCAGGGCUUAUCCACACUUGCCUUUCCUCAGAUAUUUCCAGGAACAGGCUGCGCUCCAUUUCCAAGCAUCCCUUUCCUUUCCCCUCUGGAGCACCCCUACCCCCGCCAUCCUGCUCUUUAAAGCUCAGUCGGAACAAACAGCAAUCAGAGACCUGCCAAAGCUACUUGGUGACUUUGAGGGCCACAGAGAGACCCUAGGCAGCUCGCUAGCCAGUCUCCUUCCAUCCAGACAGCCCCUGACUAUCGGUUCAGCAAUGCUGCCUGAGGCCAAUUGCUCUCUGCAUCCUGUUUUGAAAUCUUCCCUGCAUUCCUGCCAAGGAUACGCCUGUGUACAAAGGAGGGCUCUUUUCUCUGUUUGGGACCCCAUGACAUGCCUUGGAAACAAUUUCUGACAGGCCUGUUUGUCACCGUGUGGGGGGAGAGGAGGUCAUGGGUGUUUGUCUCCUGGCAUUGCAGCUGCUUAACAGUCUUAAGGACAGAGAGGGUUUGGCACUAGCUGCCUCGUUGUUGCUGUUGCUGUAGCUGUAGCUGUAGCUGUAGCUGUAGCUGUUGUUAUCAUCCUUCCUCCUACAGACCUCAUUUCCACACUUUCUUCACCUAGUAAGGGCAUUUUAUGUCAUAGAAUCACAGAAUUGUAAAGUUGGAGGGGUCCCCCAACAAGAGUCAUCUAGUCCAACCCCUAGCAGUGCAGGAAUCACAGCUAAAGAAUCCCUGACAGAUGGCCACCCAACCUCUGAGGAAGUCUGUUCCACUGUCGAGCAGCUCCUACCGUUAGAAAGUUCUUCCUGAUGUUUAAUGGGAAUCUCCUUUCUUGCAAUUCGAAUCCAUUGGUUUGGGUCCUCUUCUCUGGAGCAGCAGAAAACAAGUUUCCUCCCAUCUUCCACGUGAAAGCCCUUCAGAUAUUUGAAGGUGGCUCUUAUCACCUCUCAGUCUCCUCUGGAGAUGCUGGGCAAAUUUCUGCCCAUGGGGGACUGUUAGCUCACAGAGGGGAACUCCCAGGUUGUCCUGGAGUCAUAGAAUGGCAGCAUUGGAAGGUAACCCAGAGGUCAUCCAGUCCAACCCCCUGCAAGACAGGCUGCUCUCGGAGUGCCUAAGACCACCAAAAGUCUCUUGCAGCUGAGGCAAGAUGGAAGCUCUCCCUCUCUGCUGGUGCUUGCUGUUACCAGGCUCUCCGUACCCGUCCUUGGAUGAAGCAGGGCUUGCACCGGAGUAAACACACACGAGACUGGGCUCUAAAUCUGCUCCUUUGGGUCCUUGCAAUGCCUUCCAUACACAUCCCGUCCCUCUCUUCUGAAUCCCUCUUGCUUUUACAUAUUUGCAGAGGAGAGUUGUUUCAGGAUCCUGAGCUGUCCUCAAAUUCUGGGUGACUGGAAUUCCUCCAGGGAGACAACCACCCUCCCAUUUCACGGAAAACAACAUUGCGGCUUCAUCUUCUGGCGCCACGGGAGCCCUGAGCAACAGGAAGGUCCACCCAGGAGCGAGUGGGAAGGACGCUUUUCCUGUGGAGAGCUGGGUUGAACGCCAAAAGUGGGGAGGAGGAGGAUGGGACCCCAAGGAGCUGAAACACCCACUCCGUCCCUCUGCAAAGAAAGAGGUGCCUUUCAGGUGCCAAAGCGGGGAAUAAACUUGGCCUUGAAAGCAUUGAGGACCAGGACAACUUCUGCGUUGGCAGGUGAAACGCAGGCUAUUCUCAGGGAGCAUCUUGGAAGUAAGGAGACCCACCUGUCAGGGAUUCUUUCACCUUGAUUCCUGCAUUACAGGGGCUUGCACUAGAUCACCUUUGGGAUCCCUCCCAACGCUACAAUUCUAUGAGAGGAAUCCCGUUUGGUCUGGGUUUCUUUGAUUUUUGAAAGAAAAUCGAUUCCAUUUGCACCUCCCAGAUGAAUACACGGAUCGGAAGAGAAUUACCCUACAGAUAUUGCACUUCUCCAAAGUGGGUGGUGACAGGUCUCAGCUCAGAAAACAUGCCAAAAUGUGUAAUGUUCUAAAAUGAAGCACAUUUAGAAAUGCUUGCAUGGAGAUGAACUACACAAGUUAAUUUUUCAUACUUUUUUUUAGAUGCAAAUUAAUGUGGAAACAGGGUAACGGGGACUUGUCAGUAAACACAGGCAGGAUUGAGACAGUCUGGGAAAAACCACCAGUCCAAACCACAGGACCCAUGUGCUGCUUGCGUGAUGUUUUCCAUACCAGGAGUGGAUCUGGAUGUUUGGCUGCAAUAGAUGCUUGUAGGUUGCGGAGAGUCUGCUCGCUUCUCCACCUUGGCCAGUUUAGAAUAAUUGAAUUGUAGAGCUGGAAGGGUUCCCAAGGGCUCAUCUAGUCCAACCUCCUGCAAUGCAGGAAUCGAAGAGUAUUUAACCAGUAUGGAACUAAUUGGUUCGACCAGUUAAAGGGUAUUCUGUUGGGUCAACAGUGCUGGGGCACCAGGUUGUGCAGAGCCCCAACUAAAGGCCUUUGGUCUCUGCAUUCUUUGUUAGGUACUGAAGUUCUCACCCUGGGCUAGCACCCUGUAGAUAGUUUUCACUCAGGUCCACAUAUGCAUAUAAGGAAUUGAAAGUGGUGUUCAGUGAUUGGAUAGUUACAGAAAGUUGUUACUGUUGCGUUGUAGUGGAGCUCUAUAUAAGCAGGCUGGCUGAACCCUUCAGUUCAGUUCUGUUCUGGCCUGUGAAUAAACAAGAGCUGUUUGAAGAAUCGCUGUGUCAUCUGAUAUGUUCACCCACAACUUAACAUUCUUCACCUGGCAAACGCUCCAAAUGACAGGAAAGGAGAUUCUGAUUAAACAUCAGGAGGAGCUUUCUAACAGUAAAAGCUGUUUGACAGUGGAGUGGACUCCCUCGGGAGCUGGUAGACUCUAUUUCCUGGCCGGUUUUCAAGCAGGAGUUGGAUGGAUGCUUCAGCAGUGCUUCUUGCAGUGCUGUGGGUUGGACUGUUCUAUGGUCCUGCAAUUCUGUGAUGCUACUAUGGGGUGAUGGCUGUUCUGCUUCUGGGCACAAUGCGAAGUGCUGGUUCUUUUACACACCAUGGGAGGAAGGCCUGAAAGCUAAACUGCCAUAAACAUCGUUGUGGUUUCUUCAUUUCACGGGGCUUGACUCGAUGACCCUUGGGCGUGCCUUCCCCCUCUCUGAUCCUGCUAUUCAUUGGAGGCUUUUAAACAGAAGUUGGGUGGCCAAUUCCCAGGGAUUGAUUAUCAUUCCUGCAUUGCAGGUGGGUUGGGCUGGAUGACCCUUGGGGUCCCUUCCAACAGUACAAUUCUAUGGUUCUGCAACUCCAGCCGGGACCCAGUCGUGGGAGCUAAUAAUUCCAAAACCGACAGUUGAGGUUCAUCCAGCUGCUCAAAGCAGCCUCAGCCUGGUCCCUUGGGGUGGGAUCCUGUGAUCCGAGUGGAAUUGCUGGUGGGCUUGCUUAGAAGCCAGCAUCUUUUGUUGGGGACCCAGGCAGCUGCUUUAACGGACGGCUUUCCACCUGCAGACCGACCCCAGAAGAGGGAGGGAGGGUGUCUUCCUUUUCUCUGCUCUCCAUAACAUCCACAACGCUGUUGCUGUCUUGCAUUGCGAUUCCGUGAGAUCAUAUUUGGCGCAUGCUGUUCGCUCUUCCUGUGUGGGUGGAAGUUCCAGGCAGAGUCCUUGGUUUGCUGGUGCUGAGGCCCAGGGCAGGACAGAACUGCCGAUGGAUAAAUGCUGCAGUCAUGUGUGCAGGAUGGGACGGUCCGGACUGUUCCCAAGCCUUGCAGAGAGACGUCCUCCUGCGUGUGGCCUCUUCCAUCCUCCUCGAGGCCUUUUAUUUGUUGAACAUGCCUAUCUGCUAAGCACAGAUGGCUGUGCUCUGCUACCCACAAUUGGAGGCAACGAGGCUUCUGAAUCGCAGUUGCUGGAAACCGCAAGAGGGCAGAGCGGCUCUUGAACUCAAACUUCCCACAGGCAUCUGAUUGGGCUAUCUGAGAACAGGAUGCUGGACUAGAUGGGCCUGAUCCUGCAGGGCUCUUUUUAUGUUUCAUUAAUAGGUCGCAAGUUGUUUGCUGUGGCAAAGCCGGAUGGGGAAACUUUGGUUGUAGGGUCCUAGAAUUGUAGGGGGGGGGACAGAUGAGUGGGGGGGGAGCACACAGGGGCCGCCCUGUCACCAGGCCAUGGCAUGUUGUGUGGUUGAGCAGUAACAGCUGAGUUGCGUCUCCAUGCCUCCUUGCCUCUGCUCAGCUGAGUGCUUUGUCAAGUUUUUCUAAAUGCCCGGCUUGACCAUGGCGUAGGCGGGCAUUGUUCUUGUGUCUUUAUUUGUUUUAAAUAGUAAAAUAGGCAGUCCUGUUCAAUUUGUAAAAUAAGGGGGGGGAGGGAAAGUUAGAACUGUAGAGUUGCAAGGGACCCCUGAGGGUGAUAUAGUUCAACCCGCCCCCUUUGCGGAUCACAAAUUUGAAAACAUUCCUGCUUACCCAAGUAUUGGUUAGGUGCCUGUCAAGCUACAGUGGUACCUCAGGUGAAGAACUUAAUUCGUUCUGGAGGUCCGUUCUUAACCUGUAACUGUUCUUAACCUGAGGUACUACUUUAGCUAAUGGGGCCUCCCACUGCCGUCACGCUGCCGCCGUGCAAUUUCUAUUCUCAUCCUAUUGCAAAGUUCUUAACCUGAGGUACUAUUUCUGGGUUAGCGGAGUCUGUAACCUGAAGAGUCUGUAACCCGAGGUACCACUGUACUCUGUUUUACUUCAGUACAACCUCAGUUCAAAGCAUUUGACAAUGGAAACCAAUAAGUUUAAAAAAUAUAUACGCAAUAAAUGCAGAGGUCACAACUGAAGCAUCCAUGACAGAUGGCCAUCCAACCUCUGCUUAAAACCCCCCCUAAUUGAUCCUUCCUAGCCUUUUGCCUGGGAAACAUAUGUGUGCCUAGUUUUGGGGGUGUCCUCUUUUUGCAGUCUUUCCCCCACUGCCUUGUUGUUGGGAUCAGUGGUGUCUCAGCGGAGGCUUUUGGGAUUACAUUGAGGCUAGAAGUUAAGACCCAGUGAGCAAGUUUUACUAGAAUUACCAACCCCUCUCUCUGGGAAAAUUAUUUGAUGCAUAUCCUACUUUCUCACAAUUGUGUAAAUGGAAUUCUUGAGCUACGGUCCCUGCAUUGCAAGGGGUUGGACUAGAUGACCCUCGGUGAAUGUGUGUGUGUGUGUGUGUGUGUGUGUGUGUGUGUGUGUGUGUGUUGCAAAACAGCUUUCAGGCAAAUGCAGUAUCAAUUCCAGACAGUUUUGCAACAACAUCACAAUCUUUGCUUAACGAUACUGUAUAAGCAAACUUUUUAUUAAAAACAACAACCAAAAACACAAGACUUACUAGCAACAUAUUGAAGUAGCUGCGACAAUGUGAUCAAAUGCAAACAGCAAUACAACAAGCAUGGAGACCCGCAACCCAAUAUGCAGAUGGGAACUAAAUGCAGAGAAUUGCUCCCUUGAUGACAGCUUGUCUAUGUGAGGCUCCCCCUGCAGUUGAUUCAUGAGCUGCGGUUAGCAGAGGAUGCUGCGGCACAAUGGGAGACAGGAGGGAGGCCUUGGCGGCACAAACCACCUGUGCUCAGGGAUCUACACCGGUUGCCGAUUUGCUUCUGGCCCAAGUUCAAGGUGUUACUGCUAAAACCCUGAACAACUUAGGAUCAGUUUAACUGCAAGAUCGCUGUACAACCACUCAUCCGCUUUGAUCAGCAGAAUUGGUGCCGUGACAGCUGCCACAUGAUCCCAGUUCCACACUUGCAAUUCCUCCAUCUUUUAGUGUAGCGGCACCUAAACUUCGGAACUCCCUGCCUAUUGAUGCCAGGCAGGCGCCUUCUCUGUACUCUUUUCGCCACCUGCUAAAAAUAUUUUUGUUUAGGCAAGCCUACCCAGAUGUUUAGAUAGCAUGUGCGAGUUUUAAUCUGUUUUUAAAAAAGGUAAAGGGACCCUUGACCAUUAGGUCCAGUCCUGACCAACUCUGGGGUUGCGGCGCUCAUCUCGCUUUAUUGGCCGAGGGAGCUGGCAUACAGCUUCCAGGUCAUGUGGUCAGCAUGACUAAGCCACUUCUGGUGAACCAGAGCAGCGCAUGGAAAUGCCGUUUACCUUCUCGCCGGAGCGGUACCUAUUUAUCUACUUGUACUUUGACGUGCUUUCGAACUGCUAGGUUGGCAGGAGCUGGGACUGAACAAUGGGAGCUCACCCCAUCGCGGGGAUUCGAACUGCCGACCUUCUGAUCAGCAAGUCCUAGGCUCUGUGGUUUAACCCACAGCGUCACCCACGUCUGUUAUUAUUUCAAGCGUCUGAAAUGAUUGUUGGCAACUCUUCUAAUUGAUAAUUUGAUUGUUUUAUCUAUUUUUGUAAAUCGCUUUGAGUGGUUUUUUGUUUUUUGUAGUUGCAGCAAGACUAGAGGUAACUCAGAAGGACAAUUAAAUGGCAUUUUGGAACCUGUUUACAUUGGAAUUCCCAUACAUCCAUUCAGUUUGUUUUGUUCUAAUAUUGUACAGAAUUAAUAACAUUUGCUGGAAUCUCAGUACUGCCUUGCAGGAGGUUGGACUAGAUGGUCCUUUUGUGGGGGGGAGGCCCCUUCCAAUGCAACAAAUUAUACAAUUCCUUGAACAGUUUGCUUUGUGAUGGGGGAAAGGGUCCGAAUUCUGGAUGGUUCCUGUAAUUCCUUCGGAGAUAACAGAUCUCUUGCUGUUUCUUGGCUUGGACCACUUUUUGAUGCUGAUGUCCAGAGAGGCAUUUUUCACUUGCCCCACCCUGCACUAGAAUGCUUUGAUUUUUUUUACUUAUUUUUUAUUUGCGUGUGCAGCUAUGGUACGAAAACAAACCCUGUUCCGACCGGCCAAAGGAAAGGCAGAUUUCUUCCUCCUUUCCUGCCCCCUCCCCCGUCCCUCAUCCAUUGCUUUGUGGAGCAGCAGGAAGGAAGUUCACAUUUCCAUUGCUGAUGUGAAGCAGAGUUCAUCAGGAUCCCAGGGCACGUCUAAGCAACACACCCUGUUUUCCUUGCUGCUCUGGAAUGGCUGCCUGGCUCGCCUUGCAGAGAUCCCAGCCUUGCCUCUCUCCAGAAGCCAGCAAGAGAGCUCUCGCCUGGGUCAGCCAGCGUCUGCAUGGAUCCCAAGAGGCUGUGCAGAGAGUUGAUCAGGCCUCCAAAGCUUCCGCUGUUGUAUCCUAGUGAUCCGUCCACCUUCAGGGGUGAUCAUGAACCUCCAGGCUGCUCUGAAAGGAAUGACAGAAGCUCUUUUGUGGCUCCCUUGCUGACUUCUUCCCAAUGCUCUUUGUGCAUAACAGAUCUCUUGCUGUUUCUUGCUUUGGUGAAAAUGUGUGCUAUGUCUGGAGGGUGGUAGGCUAGUCCUUUGCAAAGGGAUGAUAUCUGUGUGGUGGAAUUCACUGGGUCAAGUCCUUGUUUUGCAAGUAAAAAGAGGAACUGAUGUCCAAACGGUGGGGGAAAAUGAGGAUGGCCAACUCUGUUCUUAAGGUAGUACUCAGUUUGUACAGAUAUCUUCCUGGGGUGGGAGGAACAGACUCCUAGACUCAUAGAAUGGUAGAGUUGGAAUGGAUCGCAAGGAUCAUCUAAGCCAACCCCCUGCUAUACAGGAAUCUCAGCUAAAGCAUCUAUGACAGAGGGUCACCCAUCUUCUGCUUAAAAACCUCCAAGGAAGGAGAGUCCAUCACCUCCCAAGGAGGUCUUUUUCACUGUCAAACAACUCUUACUGUCAGAAAGUUCUUCCUGAUGUUUAAUUGGAAUCUCCUUUCUUGUAACUUGGAGCCAUUGGUUCCAUCUUCCAGGUGACAGCCCUUCAGAUAUCUGAAGAUGGCUAUCAUAUGUCCUCUCUCUAUCCUUUUAUCCAGGCCAAACAUCCCCAACUCCCUCAACUGUUCCUCAGCCAAAUCCUUGGUACCCAAACCCUUGAUCAUCUUGGUUGCCCUUCUUUCCACACCUCCCAGCUUGUCAGUGUCCUUCUUAAACUGUGGUGCCCAGAACUGGACACAGGACUCCAGGUGGAGUCUGACCAAGAGUACUAUGACUUCCCUCAGUCGAGACACUAAACUUCUGUUGAUGCAGCCUAGAAUUGCCCUCACAGAGGUGUGUUUCCCACAGAGGUUUAACGAUUGAUUUCUCUUCUGAGGGAACUCUGGGAAUCGCAGUUCUGUGAAGGGAAUGGGGGUCUCCUGAUAACUCUCAGCACCUUGAAAAUACUACAAUUCCCAGGGUGUUUUAGGGGGAAGCCACGAUGGUUUAAAGUGGUAUCAUAGCGUUUCAAAUGUUUGGUUCCUUGUUUUUGCUGGAGACCUCUGUCUGCAGCUCCUCCUCAGCUCUGUCUGUUUGCUCUCUUACAGAGGCUGAGGCUGCCAAGGCCUGUGACUGGCUGCGAGCGGCUGGCUUUCCUCAGUAUGCCCAGCUCUACGAAGGUAAGAGAAUCAGGACUGCAUGCAAUUCCUUUGGGAUGAAGUGGGGAAGGGGAGGCCCAGCCUGACACCCAGACCGGUCCACCCAUGAAUAUUCAGCCGCCUCCACCGCUGUGACUCUGUGGUUGGCUGGUCCACCUCUCUUGCUGUGUUUACUUAAGAUUCACCCUCCCUAGAUGUCCAGGUGAGGUCCCUCCUCAGAUGGCUGCCAGUCUCUGCCUCCCCCCAGUAAGAUACUGUAUUAUGGAAUCACAGAAUGGUAGAGUUGGGGAGGACCAGCCUAACCUGCUUCAGUGCAGGAAUCACAGCUAAAGAAUCCCAGACAGAUGGCCAUCCAUCCUCUGUAUGAAAACUUCAAGUGAAGGACAGUCCUCCACUAUCCAAGGGGGGUCUGUUCCACUGUUGGGACAGCUCUUCCUGUCAGAAACCUCUUCCAAAGCUGCUGCAGCCACCACAUUGGUCUCCAUCUGAGACUGACUGAGCCAAAGGAAGCAUCAGGCGAUGUCUGCAUGAGAAACACUUUUACAUGAAGUUUGGGGGGGGGGGGAAAUGUAGGAAACUUCCCAUUCCGGCUGUGUUUGUUUUGCUGCCCGCCAGCCUGUGGAGCAUGCAGCCACUUCAUUUCAGAGGGGUUCUUUCCCUCUUCUCUGGGAACCACCCUAGUGCCCCCCUUUAAACCCAGAUGGUUUUUAGGGGUUUGUCCAUGUCUUCCACAUACACCCAAAGGGCCAGCUGGGCUUCUGUUUUUCUCCUGCAGUGGACGUUUGGCCCCCACUGGCCCACAGAGACAGAACCUAGCAGUCCUCUUGUGAGAGGUUCCUGGUGGCCACAGGAGUUGGACUCCUGCCCCCUCCCUGACAAGACACCCUCUUGCUCACUUCCUGGCUGGUGUUGAGGAAGGUGCUUCUGUCAAAGAUAGGGGAUCUUGGCCAUCUUUUCACUGCCUCCUCAGGUAUAAGGGGAAUUUUCAAGCACUUGGAGAUUCUGGGCUCAUGUACACUUCCUUUUGUGCUGUGUUUCUAGUGUCCAAUUUGUUUUUGUUGUUGUCCUGGCACUUUCCCUGGGAAAACCCACAUUUUCCAGCUGAAAAGGAGCAAACGGCAGUCUGUGGAUAACCCGGUUGCCGUUUACUCCAAUUCAGCAGUAAAACACAGGUUUUCUCGGGGAAAGCGCUGGGACAAAAAAUAAAAUAAAAAUGCUCAGACAUAGACCUGGAACCUCCAGACCUGUGCCUAGACAGCAUGGAGGAAAAGUAAAUAUGCAUGAGCCUUCUGAUUGACAGCAAAAAUCAUAGAAGGGAAGACAGAGAGGUAAUAUGAGAGCCAUCUUGAAAUAUCUGAAGGGCUGUCCCAUGGGAGAUGGAGCAAGCUUGUUUUAUGUUGCUCCAGGGAGCAGGAGUAGAACCAAUGGUUUACAGUGACAACUAAACCUCAGGAAUAACUUUCUGACAGGAAGAGCUCUUCCACAGCCACUUGGACUCUUCCUGCAUGCCAUAUACUUUACAACGCAAACCAUACACAGCACAGGGUCUCCAGGCUGAUUUUUGUUUCCUGUCCACACAUGGCAUGGGAGAGCCAAACAAAAGCCUGAGCUCUGCCUUAGCUGGAGGACAGGAGAGUACGGGGCCAGGACAAUCGGAGGAAGCCCCCAGCAGCAAAGCGCAGCCAGCCAUUGUGCCGGUCAAAUACCUCCCCUCCCAUCACGUCCGUGUGAGACAAGACUGGCUGAUAGUUUUCCAGGCUGCCUCUUUGUGAGGGUGGGGUGCAUAUGGGUCUGUUUUUGUUUGGUUUUUAGAAUUGGGGAGGGGGAGGGGGUACAUAUGGGUAUGUUUUUGUUUGGUUUUUAGAAUUGGGGAGGUGCUUGAAGGCUGCUUUUGGGAUGUGUGCAUUCUCCUGAUGAGAUCAAGCUGUGCUUUGAAAACAACAAACAACCCACAAUACUAGCCCUUCAUGUAGGAAUAACAGAAAAAUAGAAUUUUAGACUUGGAAGGGACAAAAAGGGUCCUCUAGUCCAAGCCCCUGCAAUGGGGGAACUUGAAAGCCAUGGGGGGAAAUCUGAGGGAAGACCUCUUGGCUGAAGACAAACAGGACCAAGUAGGGCUUCAUGGGGUCUGAGAUGCCCCAUGUCACUCCCCGGCCCUCCCCAGUGGCUACUAUUUCCUUCGUUCUUGCUCUGCGUGCAUUUAUUUCUCGAUUAAAUAAAAAUUGCACACCUCUUAAUGGCAAAUAAGCGGUUUGAAAACAAAGGAUUUGUUUAAAUCACACACACACACACACACACAAAUACCAGUUUAGAUUUUGGAGUUCGUGAAGCCCCUAGUCUUCAGCACAAGUUGCUCUCUUAUUCUGACACAUGUCCUUUGGCAGCAUUAAGGACUAGAAACUUGUUUUGCAUUACAUGAAAGCUGAGAUUUGUAGGGUGCUGAACACCAGUUUCUAAGCCGGUGUGGUAUGAUUCCUAAAUUGCAAAGUGCUGCUGACAGAAAGUGAGAGUGGGCUGGUGAAUUCAAGUUAGGAUGGAGCCUAGAAGUGAGCACAGAGAGGGCAUUUGGCAGGGCAGCAGAAAUACGGGUGUCCCUUCUUCCACCACUGUGGACAACCGGCUUCUCCUCCAGCACCUUCAAGCAGCCGUCCAUCUUCUCGAUCAAACUCUUCUCUCCUCCUUCUCAUCCUCAGAAUCCCUCUUCCCUCUCGACAUUGCCUCUGUGAAGAAGGACCACAGUUUCUUGGACCAGGAUUCCCUCAAAUCCCUCUGCAGGUUAAAAUGAAAAAAUAAAAAUGGUCACUGUUGCCAAUGGAAGAAUAUGGGGAAGCAUGUUGUUGUGGUCAGAGGGUGGCGUUGGAGAGGGCAGCUCAGCCAGGCCCAGGGGAUGCAAAGGUCUGACCUUUCCUGGUCCUGUCAAGCAGCUGACUGUCAACUGGCUCAGGGAGGUGGGGAGGGGGAUCCUGGGACCUGGCCUGUCCUCUCUGCCAAGCCCAUUUGGGUCUGGGGAAAUAUUCUGUCCAUUUGCUUGAUGGGCAGAUCGCUGCUUCUGGGGCUGAUGAAUCCAAACUCGCUGCUCAGUAUAUGGCUGGUUGGGGUUUUUUGGGGUGCCAGUUCUGACACGCUGGCAUGACUGGGAUAAGCCCAGAGGGUGGAGAUGCUACAGGAUGUGAGCUUGACUGAGCUCCAGAAGUUGACGUCACAGAUGAGGUCAUGGACAGGAAACCUGAAGCCAUGGCUAAAUCAAAGAGCCGUUCUUAAAUGUGGCUCCCAAGUCUUCCUUUGAGUUGCCAAUGGUAAGAGCGGUUUGGCAGUAGAGCAGACUCCCUCAGAAGGUGCUGGACCCUCCUUCGCUGCAGGUUUUAGGCAGAGUUUGGAUGGCCAUCUCUCAGGGAUUCUGUAGCAGUGAUUCUCACAUUGCAGGGAUCACCUUUGGGGUCCAAUCCAGCUCUACAAUUCUGUGAAGUUAUAGCUCUGUAGAAAAAUUAGGGGAUGGGUCGCAGGGGGAGUUUGCUCCCUCAGAUGCUUUUUUCCUCCUAAGGCCCCCUUGUUUUGGGUCCUCCCCAAGCCUGCUGCUCCUUCCCUCUUGUGCUUCGCUGGGACCAUUUGGGCAACAUUAGGAUCCCUGUGUUAACUUUAAUCCACGUAAACCAGGUUCCUUGACGAGAUUAUUGCCCUGCACGUAACGCCACAAAUGGCUGUGCACUUUCACAUUCCAAAACCUACCACAAUGCUCCCCCUUUCAGUAAAUUUAUUAUCAACUUCUCUAGCUUUUUAAAAUUGUAAUGGCUACUGCUGCUAUUGCUACUAUUUUAAAAUGCCCCCCCCCCAAUUGUUGCUGUCUCAUGUGAUUAUUCUAUUGUCAACGUUGUUCCAAUGCUCUGGGCCUGUUUUAAUUUUGACCAGGCAGCUCUUGGGCUUUGCCAAAAUAAACAGCCCACCAUCUCAAAAUACAAAUAAAUCACAUGUGUGCUAACCAGCUUGGGAAGUUGGGGUGGGCCUUUUCAGAGGCCUAAGGCCUGUCCCAAUGCCCUUGACUGAUACCUUUUAGCCUGGUAACCCCUUAGAAGGAAUACAUGAUUUCUGCAUUGCAGAGGGUUGGUUUGGAUGACCCUUGGGGAUCCCUUCCAACUCGUAUGAUUCUGUGAUCACCGAGUCUCUGUGCUGGGGGCCAGGCUUUAAUCCCCUUGCCAGCUGGCUCCACACUCCAGGAACUUUCUGUUAGGGGGCAGGAGGCCGGGGGGACAUAUCUCUGGACUUGGGUCGCAGUUGCUGGCGUGAGAUGAAAGUGACGCUCAGCCAGUCGCCGGCAUGUUUGAGCAGCUGGAAGCGCCUCGCUGGGGCUGCUGAGCCACACAUGUUGGUUGCUUAGUGCCCAUAGCUCCCCCUCUAUUGGCCUGAGCUGGCACCCCCACCCACAGCAUCCCUGGAGAGAGCCGCGUGUGGUCACUUGAUCCCCAGCUGUUUGCAGGACAAGUGACGGUGCCCCGAAACAAGAGCCGCUUGUUUUUAAAUAGCCUGGCCGGCGGCAGCUGGGACGGGACGGCCGAGCCAGACAAAAGCCCCUCUCCUUUACUCCUUGCAGGAGACUCGUGACACUGAACUCGUGCGCCUCGAUGAAGCUGGAGGUCCACUUUCAGCGGAAACAGGUAAGCAUGGGCCCUCGGAUGGGGAGGCCGGGAAGGGCCCAGAGGAAUCAAACCUGGACCCUGGGGAAGGAAGCUCAGACAGACCUAGCACAGCAGAAAGCAGGUCUCAGCCAGGUUUUCUCCCUCCCUGCCACCCAAAUGGAUUUAUUAAAGGUUUUUAAACAACACAGAACAGACCCUGUGGUUCCUGCAUUGCAGGGGGUUGGACUAGAUGACCCCCUGGCCCCUUCCAGCUUUUCUGAACAUGCAACAGUCUAAUUAGUACAGUCAGCAUGGUGUAGGUAUUAGAGUUGAGGGCCUGGGAGAGGCUAGGGCUCAAAUUCCUCACUUGGCCACAAAGCUCACAGGUAGACUUUGGAGGCCAGUCACUGCCUCUGGGCCUGGCCUUUCUCAAAGGGGUCUUGUGGGGCUCAAAUGGGGAGGGAGAAGAACAACCAGUUUGCAGUGGACAGAGUGUCAGACUUGCGACCUGGGAGACCACGCAUGGUUGUUGUUGGGAUUAAAUGAAGAGGAGAACCACAUGCUCCACCUUCAGCUCCUUGGAGAAAGCAAUGGGUUAGAAAAUUAAAUUAAAUUAAAAUAAAUCCCAGUAACCGAGGGAUUAGGGAUGUGGGUGGCGCUGUGGUCUAAACCACUGAGCCAAGGGCUUGCCGAUCAGAAGUUUGGCGGUUCGGAUCCCCGUGACAGGGUGAGCUCCCAUUGUUCAGUCCCAGCUCCUGCCCACCUAGCAGUUCAAAAGCAUGCCCAAAAGUGCAAGUAGAUAAAUAGGUACCUCUCCGGCGGGAAGGUAAACAGCAUUUCUGUGCACUGCUCUGGUUCGCCAGAAGUGGCUUAGUCAUGGUGGACACAUGACCCGGAAGCUGUCUGCAGACAAACACUGGCUCCCUUGGCCAGUAAAGUGAGAUGAGUACCACAACCCCAGAGUCAUCCAUGACUGGACCUAACGCUCAGGGGUCCCUUUACCUUUAACUGAGGGAUUAUUUCCUGUGCUUGCUUUAGAAUGAUGACUCGGGAGACGAGGACUUCUGUGCCAUCAGCGAUCGGUGGGCUUUCCAGAGAGACAGCCGUAGGUGGUCCCGAAUCGGCUCCGACGAUUUCCUCUCCCGCAGCCCGGAGGCAGCCUCCACCAUGAGGAAGCUGCCCAGCCAGGAGAGCAUCCUCACUGACCUGAGUGCUGAGCUGGAGGCCUCCUCUCUCCACAGCGACCCCAGCACAGGCGAGUGUCCUGCUCUCCCGGACCCGUCCUCCACCCAGGAUUCUCCGACCUUGACCCUCUCCGUCCCCAGCUUGGAGGACCCCUCGCCCACUGACCAGUCUCAGGACAUGAGUGGGACCAGCAAGGGGGACGCCAGGAAACGCCGGACUCGGAGCUUCCUCAGGAGGAUCGAGUCCCUCAGGAGGAAGGACAAGGAGAAGCUGGACUCUGCCAAAGUCCAAAAAGAGGAUGGGGCAGAUGCUGAGUCCUGGUGGAGCUCCUCAAAAGACCCAAGAAGCGGGGUGUCGCCUUCUUCCUGUGGAAGCAAAACGCUUCCCUCAAGAGGGCGCCGGGCCAACUGGGCCUUGGGCUCAGCUGGGGAGAAGCCCAAACAUGGUAGCAUUUACCUGGAGGACUAUGAGGCAGGCCGGGGCAAGGGCACCCCCUGGGAUGCUGGCGGAUUGGGCCACCACGACCUGUUCGAAAGGGACUAUUUGGUCCACAUCCCCAGAGACUACAAGCCGGGCACUUUCCCCAAGUCUCUCUCCAUCGAAAGCCUCUGCCCGCUCGAGAGCGGGUGUUUGCCUGACUGGAAAUCGAGCGGCCCAGCUUCAGGCCUCUCGCCAGGCGGGGCUGGGAUGGGCAGCAGGACAGGCGAGGCCUUGGAGUGCAGGCUGAGGCGGCCCUCGUGCGGCUCCACAGGCAGCUGCACCAGCCUCUAUGACAAUGUGCCCGAGUCCAGCAGUGUCACGGACGACCUGUUUGGCCUGGACAGGGACGUCAUCUACGAGAACCUGGACGAGAUCCUGGAGCACGUUUGGGGGCUGCAGAGGAAAGUGGAGCUGUGGUCUGAGGCCAUCCAGCUGGAUCCGGAGGGUGGAAGCAUCGGUGGCGGGGAGGAAACAGACUCUGAAGGGGAGCCCGCCACCCCAAACUUUGAGGAGCGCUCCGUGUCGGACAUUGGCACGUCAGCCAGCGACUUUGACAGCACGGCCAACUCCCUGAACGAGGCGGAGGACCUGGGAAUGAGGGAGCGAAGAGAUUCCGGGGUGGGCGCCUCCCUCACCAGGCCUUGCAGGUAGGAGGUCAAGGAAUUGUCGAGGUGGGUGGGACCCCCAGGGUCAUCCAGACCAACCCCCUGCAACUUGGUUAGGCAGGAACCAGAAGAUCACACCAUGCUUCUGUAGGAAAACAGUGCGGCAAACUGGAUGUUUUGAGGAGAGCCAGGGUAGUAGAAUCCUGGAAUUGUUGGGUUGGAAGGGAUCCCAAGGGUCAUCUAGUACAACCCCCUGCAAGGUGGGAAUCCCUCAAGAAUCCCUGACAGAUGGCCAUCCAACCUUGCAAUCAGGAUGUUGGGAGGCACUUCCUUGUAUUUCCUGGAAUUUGUCCCUCUAUUCCUCCCUCUUUGCACCCAGCAAUUGUUCUGCAGGGUCUCCUUGCAGGUUGCAAUCCUGCUCUGUGCGCCUGGGGUUUUGCUUCACACAAUUUUUGAGUUUUCUGGAGUCAGGAUGCCUAUCACAUGUAACAAGUGCAGGAUACACAUGUGGAACUGUCAAACCUUUUUUUCUUUUGAUUUGCCACGGGACUGCGCUCAGACUCCUAGGAUCUUCCAUUUUUAUUUUUAAAUUGGCAUUUGGCAAAUGUGGUCAGUGCUGCCCGUAAGGAGAGAAGCAGCUGUUGGAAAUGCAGUGGAUGAUAACCAUAGUAAUAACAAUGUUUAUGUAAUAUGGGUUGCAGCAGGUUGGGCUAGAUGACCCCUGCGGUCCCUUACAGCUCCACAAUCCUAGGAUUCUACGAUGCACCAGCCUUUGCCUUAACAUGGCAGGGCCCUUAUGGACCGGUACCAUGGGUGGGUUGUGCAUCAGUUUUGAAGAUGGUUCCAGGCACCCUGUGGGAAAGCAAUUACAGAAGCCAGCGAGUUCUCUUUAGUCAACUAAACCCAUGGCGGGAAAAUGUCCCAACUCAGGUUGGAAGUUCAGUGCCCUCUAGUGAGCCGAAAUGGAAAUAGCACCCCUGAGAAUUUUGGUACCACUUAGAUGUCUGCAUCUUUGUGAUGGCACCCCCAAAAAUAUAACAGCUAAAGUUUUCUAUUUCUCCUUUGCUGCAUCUUACUUUCAAAAUCUUAUCCUUUUCUUUUCUUGAAUUCAUUUCUAAAUUAGGUUUCUGUUCUUUGUGGAAGGAGGAUUUGACUUUUUGCCUCCUGCACACUCCUAAGUUGGACUGAGGAUGACCCGUGGGGUCCCUUCCAAUUCUAUGAUUCUAAUCAUGAUUCUGCCUUGGUCAGAUCCCACCUCUAGUUCUGUGCCGUGUUCCGGGCACCAUGGUUGGAGCUGAGCUGAGGGUCCACUUUGAGUGGCAGGUGGCAAAGCUGGUUGAGGUUGAGAUAAAUCAGUGGUGUCUGUUCUUCCUCCCCACCCAGGAAGCUUCGCUGGCACAGCUUCCAGAACUCCCACCGACCCAGCCUGAAUUCGGCUUCCUUGGAGAUCAACCGCCAAUCCGCCGCCCAGCUCAACCUCCUCCAAAAAUGCUCCCUCCUUCGCCUCACAGCCAUCAUGGAGAAAUACUCUGUCCCCCACAAGCAGAGCUGGUCAUGGUGAGUCAGCAGAGAAAUUCUGCCAAGGAAUGUUGUGGUCUGAAAUAUCCAUUAGAAGGUGGGGAAAGGAAAGGGAAAGGCAGGAGUAUUUGGCCCCAGGCAUGGGGGUUAGAAUAGAUGUCCAAGGAUACCUUUCAACUAAAGAUAUAUACCGUAUUUUUUGCUCUAUAAGACUCACUUUUUCCCUCCUAAAAAGUAAGGGGAAAUGUGUGUGCGUCUUAUGGAGCGAAUGCAGGCUGCGCAGCUAUCCCAGAAGCCAGAACAGCAAGAGGGAUUGCUGCUUUCACUGCGCAGCGAUCCUUCUUGCUGUUCUGGCUUCUGAGAUUCAGAAUAUUUUUUUUCUUGUUUUCCUCCUCCAAAAACUAGGUGCGUCUUAUGGUCUGGUGUGUCUUAUAGAGCGAAAAAUACGGUACAUACUAUACAGGAUCCUAGAAUUGUAGUGCUGGAAAGUACCCCAAGGGUCCAAGGAUGGGACACGGGUGGCACUGUGGGUUAAACCACAGAGCCUAGGACUUGCCUAUCAGAAGGUCGGCGGUUUGAAUCCCUGCAAUGAGGUGAGCUCCUGUUGCUCGAUCCCUGCUCCUGCCAACCUAGCAGUUCGAAAGCACGUCCAAGUGCAAGUAGAUAAAUAGGUACCGCUCUGGCGGGAAGGUAAACGGCGUUUCCGUGUGCUGCUCUGGUUCGCCAGAAGCGGCUUAGUCAUCCUGGUCACAUGACCCGGAAGCUGUAUGCUGGCUCCCUCAGCCAGUAAAGCGAGAUGAGCGCCGCAACCCCAGAGUCGGUCACGACUGGACCUAAUGGUCAGGGGUCCCUUUACCUUUACCUUUACCUCCAAGGAUGCUUCUUCAAGGGCAUUGCCCUCAUUGGGCUAAAUAAAUUGACACACCUCUGAAGCCUGUUAUCCAUUCUCUCUCUGCCACGUGUGUGGCAGAGCAGAUUAUUAAUUCAGAAACACAGAAUCAGGGAAUUGUUGUGUUGCAAGGUACCCCCCCCCCCCCGGGCCAUUUAGUCCAACGCCUUGCACUGCAAGAAUGGCAGCUAAAGAAUCCCCAACAGAUAGCCAUCGAAUCUCUGCUCAAAAAGUGCCCUGCAACUUCCUUUACCUAUUAUGGGAGAGGGUAAGUUUUUGUAAAUGCUGAUGGGGCUUAGGAUGUGCAUUCUGCUGGGGGACAGAUUGCAGUGGCAGAAAAAGAAGGAAAAUAGACAGUUUUGCGGGGUAGGGGGAGGCAGUGUUGAAAUUCCCAGUAAAUUUAUGCCCUUACUAGGGAGAGAAGAGGACAGGCCUUUAUUACCUGGAGCACAAGGUGGAAGGAUCAGCAUCUUACUCUGGGAAAUAAGGCAGGAAUGUGCUAACAAAAACUACCUGCCAGGGAUGCUUUAGCUCUGAUUCCUGCAUUGCAGGAAGUUGGACCAGAUGAGCUUUGAGUUGGUGCCUUCCAGCUGUAUGAACAACAAAGCAGAGAGACCUGGGGACUCCCCCCCCCCUUCCUGCUCCAUCCUUCUGAUGCCAAAUUGCUGUAUUCUUCCCUGCAUUUGUUCAGUUUAACUGUUUUAGCCAUAGGGUGGGGGUUUGAGGGUGUGUGCCAGGAGAGAAGAAGAGCUGGGCCGAAUCCUGUUCAGGCUGGGCAGGCAGCCCCUGGAGACACACAUCCCCCCCUCCUCUGCUUUCCUUUGACAGAAUGGGACAGGCAUUCCCAGCAAGGGCCCACAAUCCCUUUAUUCAUUUUUCUAUAGUAUUUUCAUUGAAUUGCUCCAUACAGCCCAAAUAACAAAACCUAAGGCUUCGCAAAACAAAACGUGUAAAAAUGAAACCAAACUGAACCAAGGUCAGCAAUGGGAUGCAAGAGAAAAUGACAAAAGCUGGUUAUCUGGAUAUUUGCAAUUCCCUGUUGAUUACUACCACCCCUUCUUUCCUCCGGCAGGGCGGUCCCAAAGUUCAUGAAGAGGAGCAAGACCCCCAACUACAGGGACAAGAGAGUCUUUGGGGUCCCACCACUCGUCCACGUCCAGAGGACUGGACAACCGCUGCCCCAGAGCAUUCAGCAGGCAAUGCGCUACAUACGCAGCCAGUGUCUGGACCAGGUGAGGCGACUUCGGCAGGCUCAGCCAGGCUUUGACUCGGCCACAGCCCCUCUGAAGUCUUGGGGUGCCGGCAACCUGCCCCUGUGGGGGUCUGGUCUCCUGCAGCAGCCUUCGCCAACGUAUUUUCCUCUGGCUGCCUCAGACGGCAACACCCACCAGCUCCAUCCGGCAGGGCUGUUAGAACCAUAGAAUUGUAGGGCUGGAAGGGACCCCAAGGGUCAUCCAUUCCUGCCUCCUGGAACUACAAUUCCCAGAGUUCCCUGGGAAGAGGGAUUGGCUGUUAAACCCCUCUGGGAAAUGCAGCUGUGCCAGAAUUAUUAUUUCUCAAAAAAAUAAUAAUUGGGGGCAGAAGUGAGAAUGCCAUCCAAUGAUACACAGUUAAGGCCACAUCUCUGGCAGGAUAAUGUAGUUAUGGGGAGACAGAGUCUCUUUAUAAUGCCCUGGACUUGGAGCAAGAAGGUGCAGGGGGUUGUAGACCCAUUUGGAUUACUUGGACGCGGGUGGCACUGUGGUCUAAACCACAGAGCCUAGGGCUUGCCGAUCAGAAGGUCGGCGGUUAAAAUCCCUGCAACGGGGUGAGCUCCCGUCGCUCGGUCCCAGCUCCUGCCAACCUAGCAGUUCGAAAGCACAUCAAAAAGUGCAAGUAGAUAAAUAGGUACCACUCUGGCAGGAAGAUAAAUGGUGUUUCCAUGCUCUACUCUGGUUCACCAAAAGCAGCUUAGUCAUGCUGGACACAUGACCUCGGCCAAUAAAGCGAGAUGAGCGCCGCAACCCCAGAGUCGUCCAUGACUAGACCUAACGAUCAGGGGUCCCUUUACCUUUACUAAUACUGACAUACUUGAUUUAGAUACGGAAAUUUGUUAUGUUAGGUCCUAAGAUAUCCCUUUUAUUUCAUGAUGUUGGCAAUGAUGCCUGACAUGUCAUAAAAUUCUACUCAAUAUUGAUCCAGAGUAGAUUCCAAUAUAUAGUUAGCAGAGUAAAAACUUAUACACGUUGCAGGAUUCCCAAAAAAAUAGACCAGAGGCAAUUAAUAUUUCAUCUAGCAGAGCUUUACUGCUACUGAAGCGAAAUGAGCAUAAUGGUCACAAAUCCAAUACUUUCAGGAUUGACACUGUCCAUAAAAAAUCCAGUUGCAGCAGACUUAACUUAAACUUACAAUAACUUAUAAUAAGACUAAACCUUAACACUAAGCAUACUAUGUACAGAACACUACACCAGAAGGAAAAGAGAUAGAAAGAGAUACUGAAACCCAGAGUCCUUCUGGCCUAUUACUAUAGUCAGCAUGACCUUGACAGAAAGAGAUAAGAGAACCAGUUUAAGCCAGCUGUAUUCAGCUUCUCUGAAGGAAUAACCCAAACAUCAUGAACCUUCUGCUUGCUUCUUUCACACAGAGAAGCUUCCAGAACCCUCAACAUUCCAUUUUAAAAAGCACAACUUUUAAACAGGAGGCACCACAAAUCAAACCUCCGCUGCAGAGUCCUGGUCUGGACGCUCUGUGAAAAUGUCUGAGAAUCACAGAACUGUAGGGCUAGAAGAGACCCCAUGGGUCAUCUAGCUCAACCCUCUGCAAAGUCAGCUUGACCAAUGUUGGGACUCCACACAAGAGAAGCCCUCAGAGCUCUUUGGCUCAAGGGUACUUGCAUUUUCCUUCAUAUGAUCUUUCCCUCUCUCUUUCUCUGGGGUCUCCGAGCAGGUCGGCAUUUUCCGUAAGUCCGGGGUCAAGUCCCGGAUCCAGGCCCUGAGGCACAUGAACGAAGCUUCCCCAGACCAUGUGAGCUACGAGGGCCAGUCGGCCUACGAUGUGGCCGACCUGCUCAAGCAGUACUUCCGUGACCUCCCUGAGCCCGUCUUCACCAGGAAGCUGAUGGAGACAUUUCUGCAGAUUUACCAGUGUGAGUGGAGGAAGGGUUCUGGUUUUGUUUUGUUUUUAUGGCCUUACCGGCAGGGGAAGCAAUGGAUGAGGGAUUUGUUUAUUUGUUUUAUCUAUACACCACCUUUGCCUCCAAAAAGCACGAGGUGAUGUACAUGGUUAUCUUUUCUAUGUUUUCAGCUUUCUGUAUUUAUCUGUGUUGUUUUAAUUUGCGUAAGCCGCCUUGAGUCCCGGUCUGGGGAAAAGGAGGGAUACAAACAAACAAACAAACAGUAGUAGUAGUAAAUAAACAAUCCUUUUGGAUCAUCCCAGCAUGGCAGAAGAAAGCAGGAAUUACUUUGCGUAUUUUCCAGGAGGUAAAUCAUAAGGUUGACAUCCAGCUGAGAAGAUGUGGGGCUGUCUCUAACUAGGGUGUCUGAGCAGAAUAAUCCCAGGUGUCAGGGGCCACUCUGGGAGGCUGUUUUUCAAAAAUAUUUUGACAAAAAUACAAAUCCAAUAUUUCCCAAUAAAUAUGCAUAUUUUGACUUCCCCCACCGUUUUUGCCAUUUCUUAUAUUUUAAAAUUUGUAACACUGCAUUUCCUUCCUUAUUCCAAUUAUUAAGAACUCCCUCGUUUUCCUUUAGCAUUAAUUUUAACUGGUUUAAGUUAAUCCCGCUAAUGAACUUAUAUGUGUACAAUAACAUUUCAAAUAAUCCACAAAUUUCCCCCGGUCUUUGAUAAAGUUUUCCCCUGCUUGGUUCCUUAUUGCUCCCAUAAGAUUUGCCAUUUCGGCAUAGUCCGUUCGUUUAGUCUGCCACUCCUCCUUGGUUGGUACAGAAUCUUCUUUCCAUCUCUGAGCAUAAAUCUUCCCGGCUGUGGUCCAGUCUGGCAGGUUAUUUGUCCCUUGAUGACCAGAAACAGGACCAAGGAAGCAGAUCCAAGCACCACUGACGGGCGUAGGUGAUCUGGGUUUUGGAUUUUGGAAUGGGGUUUGGGGAUCCAGCCCUGACAUCCUCCUCUUCCUCCUCUUCCUCCUCCUCCCAGUUGUGCCGAAGGACCAGCGUCUGCCGACGGUGCAGGCAGCCAUUGCUCUGAUGCCCGACGAGAACCGGGAGGUGCUGCAGACAUUGCUCUACUUCCUGAGUGACGUGGCCUCUGCCCAGGAGAACCAGAUGACAGCCGGGAACCUGGCGGUCUGCCUGGCCCCCUCUGUUUUCCACCUCAACGUCUCCAGGAAAGAGAGCACUUCUCCCAGGUAACGCAGUGGGUAACCACAAAGCCAGGCACUGCAGAUCUCUCCUCUCUCUUUGCUCUUACCUGCGGGCACCUGGCUGCGGGCAUCACCUAAGGCAGGCUCAGCAGGUUGCGGGGUCCUGCAACACCUGAGGCUCUCUCUAAGAAACAAGGCCAUCCUAUGCAGUGGUGCGCCGUGGUUCCUACAUUGGAGGGGGUUGGGAUGGAUGACCCUUGGGGAUCCCUACAGUUCGGGGAUUCUGCAAACUUUGCCCACAGUUCCUUCCCACCCCCAGCAUGUCCCCAGCACCUAGGCUCCCCAUUGAUUGUCACGCAUCUGAGAUGCAACAGCCUCCCUCCAUGGAAGGCCCCUGCUGCUGGGAAUUCUGGGUGGCCCUCUCAUGGCAUACAGAAAGGCUUUGGCUGAUUCGUGGCAAUCGUGCAAGAGUUUCAUGCGCCAAACUUUUUUUAAAGAAAGAGGGGCAGGUUGUUCUUCGUCUUGGUCACCAGGUGGUUAGAAAACAGUACCUAAGGGGUUUUAUUAAAUAGGGUUGUCCUAUUUCAAAAGGCAAAAAUCCAGACACAAAAGGUUUUUGAGCUUUUUUUGCUCAAAAAAUGAAGUUUUGGAGCAAUUUUUUAGGAAAUUCGCCAAAAAUACAACACUUCUGACAUGGGUUACCUUACGCCCAUGUGCUGAAUUGCCAAACGUUUCCCUCAAAGCUCUUUCCCCUUAUCUCCUGUCUCCUCUCCCCUCCUCACCCUCGUCAGGAUGAUUCACAAGCGAGCCACGAUGGGCAAACCGGACCACAAGGACCUGAAUGAAAACCUGGCCGCCACCCAAGGCCUCUCCCACAUGAUCACGGACUGCAAGAAACUAUUUCAGGUACUGGCCCUCGGCUCAGGCUUUGUUGUUGUUGUCAUUCCAACUUCUCAAUUAGCACUUUUAAGAGGGUAACCGAAAUUUGCGGCUGGAAUGACCAUCCCUCAAUUUUGGAGAAACUUAGACAGGGUCAAUUCUACUAUUUGACACACUAAAGUGUGGGAUAUUGCCCUGUCUGGGGGGGACGGACAACUAACCAAUAAGCUGAGAGUCCUUUGGGGGCCAGAGGGGGGAAAAGGACAGUUUUGUACUUGUUUGGCCUGACUUUAUUUCAUUCGUAAGCAAGGAGGAACAUGGCCCAGGAUCCCCUUUGGACUAUGAACGAAUUUGGCUGCUAUAGUAACCCAGGGCAUUUGAAUACUUAAAUUACUUUCCCUUGAUAUAAUAGGGUCCAUGCUUUGCAACCCUGUCUUGUUUAAGCAUUAUGCCUACUGCUAUAAAUAGUUCCUGUCUCUACUUUCCACGCACUCACAUGCCUGUGGUUUGUUUAUUUUGGCUUUAUUUUGUACCUGUUUCUCUUUCUGCGGUAAUUGUGUAUGGACUAUGUUUACUGUCAUCAGAUCCUGUUUGUUAACACUGCAUUUUGCAGAAUUAUGUAGGACCUGUUUUUGGAAUAUUAAUAAUAAUAGUAAUAAUAGUAGUAGUUGUUGUAGUAGUAGUAGUAGUAGUAGUAGUAAUGAUAAUACUAUUUAAGAACAUCAGAAGAGACAUGCUGGAUUAGGCCAGUGGCCCAUCCGGCCCAACAUCCUGUUCUCACAGUGGCCAAUCAGAUGCCUGUGGGAAACCUGUGUGCAAAAUUUACCUGGCUCCCAAAAUGUCCCUGAGCUGCUGCAUUUGCUCUGAUUAGAUCAGCCCUCCAUUCCCCUCCUUAGCUUCCUUUGACCUAUAUGGGAAAGAUUCGGACAACCAUUGCGCACCCAGCAUGAUUUCCCAGGGGAUCCCUGUUUUUGCAGGGAUCCGGUCUCUGCCCGCAUCUCCUAACAACCAUGCCUUUGCCUUUCCAGAUCCCCCAGGACGUGAUGCUCCAGCUUUGCAACUCCUACUUGGCAGCGGACACCCAGCCUCUCUCCUUCUCUGAGCUGAUGGGCCGGAGCCUGCAGGGGGAAGGUCGGGAUUCACGGAUUGACUUGGAAGUCAGUAUCCAAAGCCUGCUCAAGGAGUCCUUCGACCGCUUCAAGGGGUGGCUUGGCAUGCCUGGACCCCUCAACACGGAGAUCUCGUGCAAGAAGGUAAGAGGAGAUGUGAGGCUGGACUCUCCUCCAUUGCAAGAGGUGGAACCUGGAGUCCUUGAGCUGAGAUUGCUGCCUUGCAGAGGGUUGGGCUGGAUGACCCUCAGGGUCCCUUCCAGUGCCGCAACUCCGUGAUUCUACAGAAUGACACCUUGCCUCCCUGUCUGCUCAGGUGGGGGAUGUCCACCCCCUGCGCCUGUGGAAGGUGUCCACGGAAGUAGAGGCACCCCCUCAGGCAGUGCUUCAGCGGGUGCUCCGGGAACGGCGCCUGUGGGACGAAGACCUCCUGCAGGAGAAAGUGAUGGAGACCCUGGACCACAACACGGAGGUCUACCACUACGUGACGGACAGCAUGGCGCCCCACCCACGGCGAGACUUCCUCGUCCUCCGGUGAGAGCCAGGAAAUAUCAGUGCAUCUCCCUUACCCCAACUCAGAGGCCGUUCGCUAGCCAGCAUUGCUAUCCUCUUUUAAAGCCAUCUAGUUAGCGGACAUCCGUGCCUCCUGUAGGAGCAAGUUCCAUAGUUUAACAAUUGCGCUGUGCAAAGAAGUUUUUCUUUUUCUUUUCCUUUUUUCUAGCCUGAACCUUCCAACAUUCAGCUUCAUCGAAUAUCCAUGAGUUCUAGUGUUAUAAGAGAGAGAGAGGGAGGAAAAAAUUCUCUCCAUUUCUCCAUGCCACACCUACUUCUAUGAACUCCUAUUAUGUCGCCUUUCGCUUGUGUUUCUUCUAAACUGAAAAGUCCCAACCUUUCCUCUUAGGGGAUUUCCUCCAACCCCUUUGAUCAUUUCAGUUGCUCUUUCCUGAACCUUUCCAACUCUGCAAUAUCCUUUUCGUUUUUAAAUUCAUUUUUAUUAAAGAUGUUCUUGUAAAUCUUUAAUAAAAAUGGAUUUUAAAACGAAAAGGAUAUUGCAGAGUUGGAAAAGGUUCAGGAAAGAGCAACCAAAAUGAUCAAGGGGAUGAGACAACCGGAACUGCACCCAGGAUUCCAAAUGUGGUUGCACCAUAGAUUUGUAUAAUGAUAUUGGCAGUUUUCUUGUCAGUUCCUAUCCUAAUGAUCCACAGCCUGAAUGUUCCUGCUCACCCAUUUUGUUUUGUUUUUCCUUUGCAGAAAAUGGCGCUCAGACCUGCCCCGAGGAGGCUGCCUCCUCGUGUCCUUAUCCCUGGACCAUAAGACGUUGCCCCUGGAAGGUGGGGUCCGGGCAGUGGUCCUGACCUCCCAGUACUUAAUGGAGCCCUGUGGUAUGGGGCGCUCCAGAGUGACCCAUAUCUGCCGCGCAGAUCUCAGGUGAGCUGUCCGGCCAAGCCUACAGAAUCAUAAAAUUGUAGAAUUGAAAGGGACCCCCAAGUGUGGAAGAUGCCCCCUGCUAACCUGUUGCAGGAAUCUCAGUUAAAGCAUCCCUGGCAGAUGGCCAUCUGACCUCAGCUUUAAAAAAUGUCCCCUGCACUUUUACUACUUAGGCUUAGGAUCCUGUCUGAAGAAGAGUUUGGAUUUGAUAUCCCGCUUUAUCACUACCUGAAGGAGUCUCAAAGCGGCUAACAUUCUCCUUUUCCUUCCUCCCCCACAACAAACACUCUGUGAGGUGAGUGGGGCUGAGAGACUUCAGAGAAGUUUGACUAGCCCAAGGUCACCCAGCAGCUGCAUGUGGAGGAGCAGAGACAUGAACCCGGUUCCCCAGAUUACGAGACUACCGCUCUUAACCACUACACCACACUGGCUCUCAUGAUUAUCCUAAAGAUGACCCCUUAGCCUUUCUAUUGACUGCUGCUCGUAUGGAGAUAGAUGUUGGAAAACCAGUGAUGGGCUGAACAUUGAUUAUUGGUAUAACAGAGUAUGAUCAACAGCAAUGGCUGAGAAACUAACAUGCCAAGUGAGAGCGCCAAACACAAUCCAUAUUCCUUUAUAACACAUGGCAAAUGUUUAUUGAAUACAUACAUAGUUCGGACUGUGGCAGGAAUCCACCCAGCCAAAUGAAACUUUUAACGCAUGGCAUGAUAAAAGUCUGCCAUUUUAUCAGGACAAGUUACUUGUUGUUUACUGUUGUAACAACUGUUUUCUCAAAAUUUAUCGUCUGUACCAUGAAAAUAAAUAAAAACAGGUUUUUUGUGUUUUUUUUUAACCCUCCAACAAAGGAGAGUCCUCCACCAAGUCUGUUCCACUGUCCAACAGCUAAAGCCCUUGCAGAUUGCCUGGGCAUCUUCCUACUCCUCCUGAGACUUCGAUGGAGUCUCAGUAUCAAUGAACAGGGAAUUCCGCUUGUGCAGCGUGGAAGAUGCCCCCCGCUAACCUGUUGCUCUUUUGUCUUUCCAGGGGACGGUCUCCAGACUGGUACAGCAAAGUUUUCGGCCGCCUCUGCGCCAUGGAGCUGGCCAGGAUCCGAGACUCUUUCCCGGCACUCGACCCAAGUGGUCCAGAGACAAAGAUCUGA